AUGAUUUUCCGGAGGGAAGUUAAAGAGGAACCGAAACCGGCCCGCCGGAGGUUUGUUUACAGGGAAUAUUACCGACAGGCUCAAUUUUCAGCGGCUUCACGUCUAAAAAGCAAAAAGAACAUUUGCGCGCCAUUUGCGCCUGUCCCGGAAGGUGAAAUCCGCUGUAAUUUUCAUGGACACGUAACGCACGUGCGUCUUGUGUCAGUUUUCAUCAUGAAGAAGCAAAAGCGAGCAAUAAAGCAGAAGUUACUUGUCAGUGAAACUUGCAAACUGGAACUAAAAGGUAAGUGUCACUGUUUUUUGAUAGGUGGAUUGAUUGCAUCUGAUGCCAUGGCGUGAUCAAUCCGGACCAGGAUUCAGGAUCCCCGAUCCCCGGGCCCCGAUCGUAUCACUCGGAUCAUGGUACAUCAGAGGAACCGCAAAAUCUCAUCCGGACUGGGAUCCACUGGUACCUUUGACGCACCAGGAUCCGAGUGAUCUUAGAUCUAAAUCCUGAUCAGAUCAUCCAAAAGGAAUGACCCUAAAUCUUAAUAAUGUGAUCUGAGGGUAUCUUUGUGCCAGCGGUGAUUUCCAGGUGAAAGUGAAUGUGAUGCUCCAAAAAAAAAAUUUGAAUUAGCACAUGUAAUCACUUGAACUUGAGGGCAAGUAAGGAUUAAUGUCACAAGUGCUUUCAAUCAUUGUUCUCAAAAUUGGCCACAUAAAUUGCAAAGUGACACAUGCAAUUUGGAAAACUUUGAAAAUACCAGGGCCAUUAAAUAUUUAUGUUAUUUGAACUGUGAUUUGAUUGUGGUUACUUCGGUGAAUAAUUGUAAUAUAUCCUUUAUUCUUAAAGAACUCUUUACGCUCUUUUUCAAUUAUUCAGGGGUAAGAAGGAAAGGUAAGUCCCCAACUAGGUGGAAUAGAGGGAGCAUCUGUUGUAAUUGAAAUUUACUGGUUUGACUGUCCAAACUACCCACUUUUUUAUCCAGCAGAGCUUGAAACAUCCGGGGGCCUUUUUCAAAACUAAGCCUGACUCUAUUUUCCCACGCAAGAAAAAGUGAUGUCUAGCAGGCUCUGACAGUGCCUAUGUAUAAUAAUGUAGUUUGGGUGCAUUAUUUUUUCCUUCUUUUGUCUGUGUCCUCAGGGAUGUGUGAGUCUGGAGAAAGGUGGGCUGAGGUUCCAGAAUUGUUUUGCCAAGUUUUAGAAGAGGAUGACAGUGUCAAACAAUGUGCCCUUCUGAAAAAGGUGUUUCUUUAAUGUAUAUACGUACAGCCAAACCUUUUCCAACAUAGCUUGUUCAAGGCAUUCAGCUAGUUUGGAAUGGGGCUAAGAAAGCAUUGCAGGAAAACAACUGGGGAUUGGGAGAAAGGAUGAGAGAAUGCCUGGGGUAUUUUUUUUUAACAAAAGGUUGUUUUAGUUAUUCCAGAUUUAUUUUUGGUGUACCUGCAGUCGAGGGGUUGUCUUAUUCCACUCGUCUGUCACCUCUCACCUUGAUUGAAAGUAAAUUCCAUAAACAGUCAGAUAAAGGUCAGCUUUCAGGGUGAAAAAACUGGGCAGAAUAAGAUUUUAACGUCAGUCAGUCCGUGAAUGGCUUUUUCUCUUCCUGUCCCUGUUCCCUGUUUCACUUUCCUUUCAUUUUGUUUUUGUUUCAUGUUAAUUCCCAUUGCUUAGAAGCUAACUCCUACUGUGCACCUACCUUAUAUCUGUUCAUUCAUUUCCACAAAACACCUACCAUUAUGUACAUGUAACAGCCACCAGCCUAUCCAUUAAUUUUACAGUUACCAACAGCCAAUGGACAUUGAAUUAAGUUGUGUCAGGGACUGGAUAAGAGAGAGUGCUUUGUAUAAUGUUUGCUUUAUUUAGUGGCUCAAUUGUAUCCUAGGUUUAAAUUCAAUUAUCCAUUGUUUUAAGCUCAUACAGUACAUUACCAUGCUUAUGUAGAACAAUACAAGGUCGAAGGAUAAAAGUUUAAACCAAGGUUCAAUUCGAACCACAAUUAACAUGUGCAAUACUGUAUGUAAUAGAAUGUACCAUCUAUUUAUUUUUUUUUUUUUUGUUGUUUUAAUUACCAGCUGGGCCUGCUAAAAUGCCCAGCUGGUAAUGUGCCACAUUAGUGACAGUUAAAGAUCAUCAUUUCUUUGUUGUUUUGUUGCUAGGCUGCAGGGAUCCUUCUUCAGUUUACAGACCACAACAAGCAAGGAAUACCUCAUGAAGACUACCGCAAAUUUCUAGCUUUUCUAGCUGAAGUUUUUGUGGCCUGCAAUGUGAAAAAUCCCUCAAGGAGAAUUGUGGCAAGGUAUUUUUGUACCGCAAAGGUUACAGUGAGAAAUGCUAUACCAGAUGAUCGAGUUAUUUUCAAUUCUUUCUUGUAAUGAUUAGCAAUGACCAAAUGACAUUGGCAGCAUACCAAAUGUAUGUUAUCACAUGGUUUCAAGGGCGUUUGGAAUAAAUAUGCACAUGUAAAGUUUAUGACUCAAUAUUUUGUGGCCUUUAAAACAAUUUACAAGUGCUUCUUUACCCCAAACACUAGAGAGCAGGCACAAAAUAAAAUGAUUACUACAUGUAUUAAUAAUACUGACGAAAAGAUUGUGAAAUUAAGCUUAUCAUGAUUCCUGAAAAAGCAAUGCACUCAAACAAUGUAAUGUUACGUCAUGUACAAAGGUACAUGCAUGUAUCUUAGGUAAAAAUUGUAUUUCUCUUAGCCCAUCAUAAAAGAGAAAUAUUUUUAUCCAUGUUAUUGGAUACAUGUAUCACACAACAUGAAGCAUGACCAACUCACUGGAAACAACAGGACAAUGCUGUUAGGGAGGUACCUGCAAUUACAUUAGGAUUUUUUAGUCAGUCAAUCAGAACCUACCCAAACCACAUUUGCGCUAGCCUAAGCAGUACAGUGUAUCUAUUUUUUUUCCUUAUAGCAUCUUUAACAGCUCUCCAAGGGUCAAGUAUUCAUUUGAUGUCUUAUGUUCUGUUGUUUUCAAAAAGUUGAGCAGCACAAUGGAAAUGAUGGAAGUGGUGGGUAUAACACUUUUAAAUGGAUGAUAAUAAGAAAUGAUAAGUGUUAACUUUGAUGGAUUAGCCUAAAGGCUAGUAAAAUCACUUGUACUCAACACUUUUACCCAAAGAGUAACCAGCGAGGAUCAAGCUACUGGUCAUUAAACUUAAACUCCUGCCAAAGCAGAUAAUUAACACCUGGUCCUAUUGGCAUUACUUUUUGGCUGAGGUUUGAGUUCGUGAAAGCUGUAUAUCCUUGUUGACAUGCUAAAUAAUAGAAAUACAUUUGCUUACAGUGUACUGCAGAUAAUUAUAAAGCAGGGAAUCGAAGCCAUUUGCUUGGGAAAGCAAUUACUUGAUUACAUGUACCUUUUGCUGUUUGCAAAGCUUUAUCACACAGCUGGAUAAAUUCAACCCUUAAAAAAACCAGACCAACCAGCAAAACUAUAAACCAACACAUGUAUACAAACACCACAAGUAAUUCUUGCAGGUGGACACUUAACAACUUCUUGUGCCUUCUUGAGGCCUGUAGUAAUUUUCGUAGCUUAUUCACAGCAGCUUCACUGUCUUGCAUUUAGAUUUUUAACUUCUUGCAUUUCAAAUAAUGUUCUUGCAUGUAAACUGCAAAAAAAAGCAUUUCUACCUCCUGUGGUGACUUGCGCAUUCUUGCGGAAGAAGAACUGCUUGCAUCACUUAAUUCUUACAUGCAUUAUUUUUGGGCUGUACUGUAAUGAUGUAGUUACAAUAUUGACAAUUAUUCUUUGAAAUCGAGGGGAAUAGUGGCAAAAUAUUUACCGAGCCACGAAGUGGCGAGGUAAAUAUUGCUAAAGCCACUAUUCACCGAGAUUGAAAAGAAUAAUUGUUUUAGUAUAUACACACGAAGUGAUCUCAACAAAAUCAGAGAGGAAACCAUUAAAAAGUACGAUUUGAUUGACAGAUCAGGUCAGCUAGACACGCGACAGUUUAAAAAUAGAUCUUUGUAUAAUUUUCAAACAUAGCAAUUCACAAGCUUAUCACUUCGCAAACAACAGCGUAAUGACUUAAACGGAACCGCUAAAAGUUUGAAUUGUUUCCUUACCUGAGAAGAAAAGAAGAGUUUUGUUGUUUUCUUUUGACUCGCCAAGUUUAUAGCCGAAAAGGUUUGUUGUGUCGUUCUUCUCAUGAAGUGCUGACAAAAAUGGCGAUUCGGUUCCUUGAGGUAAGACGUCGUCUUCAUGUAGCAUUCUUUCUCGUGUUUACUUGAAAUGUAGAAUUUCUGCAAACAUUUGCUUUCAAAUUUGUUUGUCAUAAAUAAACUUCGUUUUUGGGCCAGAUUUUUCAUGUUAGGAAAUGCUGAGUUCACCAAAUGGCCUCUUCUAGGCGAAUAAACGGGAGUUGAAAACAAUCCAUGGACCACAAAACUCAACAACAGUAAAUGGAAAAACGACAUUUUGAAUCCUUCGAAGCCUUUUUUUGUCAGAAAAAAAGUCAGCCCUAGGAUUUUGUCGACUUUUAAAAGAUCUUUCUCUAAGAAAAUGGGAAAAAAACCGAGCUCACACAUUAUCCACUCGCUGGGAGGUGAAUAUUGUUGAAUAGUCCGAGAUAGCAAACCAAUCAGAUUGCGUAAAUCACCAAGAUCACUGAGUGUGUAUAUACUAAGAUGUUUUGCCUGCCGAGGCUGUCUGAAAUAUUGCAUAAAAUGAAAAGUGUACUUUGCAUUAAUUCACAAACUAUAGGGAAAGGAAGUAUUUGCCAGGAGUGACAUAGACAUGAUAGUUGAUAUCUUGGAGUUAUUUACACUUGGUAAGUACAUGUAGUUAGUUUAUAAAGGAAGUUAUUUUGCUUGCCUAAUUGUCUCACCACCUCUUCAAUAAUUUACAUAUUUUUAAAAAGCCCAUUAUUAAAAUUAAUGUCUUUUCAGUGUUUCAGGGCUGAUCCACUUUUACUAUGACUGUGUGAGGCCUUUUACUAAUACCUUUUACCAAUACUCAUGUAUUGCUCACUAAAUGAUUAAUUUUAGAAUGAUACGUUUUUCUCUGACAGCUCUAACAAAUGUUAUAGCCUUCAUUACAGACAUAAACAGCUGUAUAUAUAUUGUUUGCAAAGUAGCACACAACCCCAUUUUCUGGAUCCUCAGUGAAGUACUGUAACACCCUAUGAGGUUUGCAAAUAAUGACUUGGCUUAAGGUCUUCUUGAUAGAACUAGCAUUUACAAAUCUCAAAAACAAAAUAAUGUAAUAAUCAAUCGGUCAUCAGUAUAAAACAAGGACUGCAGACUGCAGACUACGGACUGUGUACUGGGUAUAAAAUAGGGACCGGGUAUAAAACACGGACUAGGUAUAAAAUGCGGACUAUGGACUAUGUUGGUAAACACUGUGCUAAUUGGUUCUACACUAUGGUGAGGAAAAAUAAGAUCAAAAGAUCGCUAAUUAGCAAGACUCGUGAGUUUAAGUUAUAAAAACUCCUAGAAAUUCUUGGUGGAGGUGUACCACCUGGUUCUCCAAAUCCUUAACCUGUGAUCAGGUGUCCUUCUGAGCCUGACGCCUGACCAAAAUGGUAUUAUCGACACCCAUUUUUGGGUGUCUAAUAUUCAAUGAAAGGAGUGUAAACCAUGUCAUUAUAUCAUCGCUUGUAGGGGCGUAGCCGGCCCGGGCCUUUAAAUUUUUGGUUUCAUCACUCUAUGCGUAGUUGGGGUGAACUAAAAAGAUUAAGAGUUGUAAGUUUUGGUGAGGUCAGCGCUGACUAGUCAUGUGUGAAAUUUUCACCAAGAUCACUGAGCCAGGCAGGCCUACAACUAGUCCAAAAGCUGGCUAUGUCCCUAGCUUAGAAUAUACAUUGUAAUUUUAGAUGAUCUAAUUCAGUUAUUAAUUGCAUAUAGGUGAGCAAUUUCCCCCCCCCUAAAUGCAGCUUUUUUAAAAUGCAGAAUGCUCCUACACUGACCUUCUCGUCUGAGUUCUUCAUUUCAUCAUAUCCCCAAGGCUUUAUUUGAAAUGGAAUAGUUGCAUCUGUAAGAAAUUUACUCUCACUAACACCAAUACUAUUUUUAUAUUCGGUGUUUCUUAUUUUUUUAAAGCUAUAAACUGAGUUCUCUUCGAACUCUUCCUUUUUAUAAUUAGUGGCGGUAAAAUCUUCCUUGCCUGUGUAGUAUGCUCUCCUUCUCUACCUGACACUGACGCUGGGGAAAAUAGACUACAUGAUUAGCUAAAGGACUGUGUCUAAGCCAAGGAGCUGACUGUUUUAUGCUUGUCCGCUUUCCAUUCACUCAGUGUUACCUUUCUAAAGAUGUUUUUGUAUACAAAGUCCGUAGUACGCGUUUUGUACCUAGUCCAUGUUUUAUACUCAUUCCGGAGUCCACAUUUUAUACCUAGUCCUUGUUUUAUACCCAGUCUGCUGUCCGUGAAUACCCACAAAAAUCCCAAAUUUGGCAAAGUGAGACAAGUCCCAACCAGGGAAUUCCCAACUAAGUUCCCAGAUUGGGACUUGUCUCACUCUUCCAAAUUUGGGAUUUUUGUGGGUAUUCUUUGAAUUAAAUACCCUAAAAUAUCCAAAAAUGGGAAUCCAUUAUUUUUUCCUGUGAAAGCGCAUAGUGAGGCUCAUGCAUGGCAAAAGCUCACUAUCUAGCAAAUACCGCGCUUUUAUUUAGCCAACUUAAAGUCCUUGAUAUAGUGCAUAUGCAGCAUUAAUUCUUUUUCUUUUUCUGUUGCUACUUUAAUUUUGUGUAUUUGUACAUUUAGUUAAGCUUUCAUAACCUCUUUUUUAAGUAGUAUUCAGGUCCACCAUUAUGAAAUUGACUAGCCUCUCUAAGACCUCAUUUUUGUAUAAGUAGAAAGAAUAUUUAGCACUAGUUCAGUAUCCUUUAAUGUUACAUAAUGUGAAUGACUACAGUGUAAGUAAAUAAAUAAAUGAACUUGGUGGCAGGUGCCUUUUAAAUGGUGGAUCUCAGAGUGCAGAAGCAGCAUUGCACUGAAUUGAAACUAACCAUGAAAACCACAACCCUAAGAAACUCCUUCCUCUGGAAGCUGGUAUACAGCUUACACUCCAAGCCCCAAUGGGUCACACUCUUACUGAAAAUCAAAGAAAUGUCCAUACUUGCAAAGCAGUUCUGCCAUCCUAUCAGGCCAGUCACUGCAAACUCACUGAUGUUAUUUGGAUUUGCUGGGUAUGGCUAUCAAUUUUCAAAGGCCCAUUUGAAAGCUGGGAAGAUAUAAGUUAGCUAAUUCCACAUCUGGUAUGUGGAUGUAUAUAUAAGGUUGAUAGGUGUUGCUUGUCCAACAAAUCAAGGCUUAUCCACUGCCAUUUUGGCACUGUGGCUGUUCUGAUGCAGAAACUGUAGCUAACAAGGUAACCCUGAACACCAGCAGUAGCCAAGAUCUGUCUGAACCAUGAAGUGAAAAGCUGUUAGUAACAACAAGAGUAAACUAGACAGGAGCAUAUCAAGGGUACCACAGCCAUUCCUACUGUUGAGCAUCUGUACCUGGCUAAGCCUUGCACCUUGUGCCGACAUAGAAUGAUCACCAGCUGGACAGGGAGAUUCUGAUAUGCGUGCACCUCUAUGUCAAACUUGGUCAUCAAAACCCCUUGACCAAGGAAACAGUUAUAAUAACAACUCAACACCCAAAACCUGAAAAGGAAGAGUAGACAAAAUCGUUUUGUUGAGAUACAGCAUGGUUUGCCUCAGGAAUCACUCUCUCUUCACAGGGAGUAAGUGCUGUGGUUAUAGUGUCCUGAUAUCUGCUUGUAAGUGUCCAUGGCACAGCAGUGUGCAAAGUAGUAUGAUCCUGAUGGGGCAAUGCAUCUCCUCCUAUUCCAAGGUCAGCAAUGUUGGAUCAAGUGUUGCAGGUAGCUUUUGGGAGACCUGCCAAAUCCUGAAGAUGACUUCAAGCAGCUACUUCUACUGCACAAAAAUUGUACAGCUGGACAUUUGCCACCAUGUAGCCAGUGAGUCAUAAAUGGCUGCUGCAUUCUCCCCAGGAGUGCAUUCAUGAUGUAACAUACUGGGAGAUGUUUUUCCAGUGGUGGAGGAAAUAGAUUGAAUGUCAGGAUCGUCACAAAAUAAGGAAAACCUCCAUGCACAGUGCAGUGUCUUAAGUCUGUCUUUCGAUCAUUGCUUUUGGUGGAGGAUUUCCAGGGCUGGUAGCAAGCGGGUUGUCGAUAAUUGCAAACAAGCUUCAACUCGCAAGGCCAGCUGGUUGAAUGUCAGUUUUGUCAUGGAUGAUCACCUUUAGGGCAGGCAGUACAGUGGGACCAAUGAAAAAACCACUAUGUGCCACACUACACUAGGUGCAAUUGCUGGUCUGCAAAACUUGUCAUGAUGGAACACACUGGGAGAUGUUUUUUCCAGUUGUGGAGGAAAUAGAUUGAAUGUCAGGAUCGUCACAAAAUGAAGAAAACCUCCAUGCUCAGUACAAUGUCUUAACUCUGUCUUUCGGUCAUUGCAUAUGCUGCAGGAUUUCCAGGGCUGGUAGCAAGCAGGUUGUCGAUAAUUGGAAAUGUCUUUUUUUUUUUAUUCGAACAGACACGUUUCAGAAUGGUGCAUAAGUACUCAUGCUCAAAGUGUAUUUGCCGCUGGUCAAAAACACCACAACUCCUCCCCACUAGCUAGUGCAUGCAAUAUGGUAACUAAUAAGGAUCUGAAACGUUAAGUCAAACACAACACGCCUAUUGAAAUAAGCACAGUCUUAAUGUCACUUCAAAGUUCACAAAUCCAGUCUAGCUGGGGGCUUCCGAACUCGGACCAGAUAUCGUCCACCAGGAACAGGUUCAGGAACAGGCUCACUCAAAUUUGGUGGACUGCUGGCUGCAAGGUCAGCCACUGCACUUGGUGGCAGAACAUCAGUCUCCAAGUUGCUGGCUGCUGGCUGCUCACUGGCUUCAGACACUGGGUCCUCACGACUCUCAACCUGGAUUGGAAAUUCUGAGGUCAGGGUAACAAGGUUGCUGCUUGGUGUCACUGGAAUUCUGGUAUCCCUCAGCUGGUCUGUAUGGUGGUGCCACACUAAGCCAGGUUUGACCUCUACUUCAUAAGAAAGGGGGCCAGGUUGUGUUCAGAUGAUGCCAGGUACCCACUUUGUACUACGAGUGUAAUUUCAUGCUAUUGCUGUCUGACCGAUGGAGUAUUCUCUGGUUACAGCACCACCCUGUGUGACAGUUUGGUCUAUUUGACAGUUGUUUAUCUUCAAGCGGAGAUCUCUGGUUUCAGCAAGUCCAGUUGAGUGCGUAAUCGUCUUCCCAAAAAUAGCUGAGAUGACGCUUCUGCAGUGGUUGAAUGGGGGGUAUUUCUGUAAGCUAGCAAGAACGUUGCCAGGUUAAUGUUCGGAGGUUUUACUUACGUUUCACUUUUCAUGCCUGAUUUGAAACUCUGCACACAGCUAGACCAUUGCUGGCAGGAUGGUAUGGAGCAGAUGUCAGAUGUCAGGGCCAGAUGGUUGAAUGUCAGUUUUGUUAUGGAUGAUCACCUUUAGGGCUGGCAGUACAGCAGGACCAAGGAAAAAACCACCAUGUGCCACACCACACUAGGUGCAAUUGCUGGUCUGCAAAACUUGUCUCAACCAGGUGUUAAUAGCAUGGUCAAUGAUCUAAGUACAUUCUAAGUAUGUUAUGUGUAUGUUGUUAUAAAAAUUGUACUUCAUUUGGAAACCUUUACUGGAAAAGCUGUUAUAAAUGGGAUUUUGUUCUAGUUAGAUCUAGUUAUAAUUACCAUUACUAGUGUGAAUGUUAAUGAAUACUAUUUUGUCAUUGUCAUUGUUUUAGUGCUUAAUCUUUAAAUGACUUUUUAACAUACCUAAUUGGUUGCUUGCUUUUUUUUGAUAAUUUCCUAGGGACUGAUGUGCUUCGUUGCAAUGGACACUUUGGUAAUGAAAAGCAACUUUAUAAGAUGUACAGUUAUUCAUCAUGGUUGGACAGUGAUAGCUACCAUCUUUAAGUUUAUAUAUGUCUCAUGAUUUUCUUUCUGGUAUCGAUCACACCAUUUUGACCAACUGACUUCAAGUGGUCAUCAUCAGUUAUUGUUGUUGAUUUUAACUAGCACUCCAUGGCUGUUGGUGAUUGGUAUAUUUCAGUCCUUGCUAUUGGUUGGUGGACUCUGAUCCUCAUUAUUUAAUCAUGCUGUAAAUUGUUUCCUCUGUGGUCUGAUGUGGUUGGUUUUUAUCUCAAUUCCAGUUUCCCUGUUGGUGUUGUUAGGGCAAAUAAGUCUUAUUUUGGUGGCCUCUUUUAAGAGGCCCUGCCAGGGUUAAUUCUGACAACUGCCAUGACCCAAAAAGUAGCGACAAAUGAAAUCACGCCAAGAGACCAUCUCCCUCAGCCAAAUCGUGACUGUGAUGGCAAAGCCGAGAAUAAGCUACAAAGAACGGUGGUUUGGCUAAUUUAUCACUGGUCUGAAUGCCAAGAAGAAGUAAUUUUUGUAAAUUUUCCUUGCACUUGAGAGAACAUCUCUUGUCAGUGAGCUUCAGUGGACCCUCCUGUAAAUUGUGUUUUUUAUUGUAAAUUAAUGGCAAUUUAUAGGUGUUAGAUACACAAAAUAUUAGUGCUGAACUGUAAUGGUUUCUUUGUAACGCGCAGCUAUCCCCCUUUCUUAAAUUCCGACAGAGACAGAGAAUUUUCGUGGGAUCCCCCCCCCUGGCAGGGCCUCUUUUAACUAGAGCACCAUGGUGAGUACCAGUCAAUAUACGUUGUUCAAUUAAAGAAUACUGAACAACGAAGUUUAAGAAUCAUUGGGAACAAUAGUCUGAAACUUCCAUCAGUAGAAAACACAAUUAAAUGCAAAAGCAGUCAACUCGUCUUUGACUACCUUCACUACCUUCAAGAUAAUGUUUGCUCCCCUUUUAACUUGUCUUUUGGAAGACUGGAUCAUUUUAAGUCUACAAGGAACAAUGGUUUUUGAGUAAAAUUGUCUAAAGGCUGCCUUGAAUUUGGGAAAAAGUUUUUAUUAGCAAGAAGCCAAGCCAAACAAGAAAAAACAGUCAUUAACAACAUUAGAUAAAUGCUUCUAUUCCUCAGAGACUACAUAGGACUAGUGAGGGACCAAUUUUGAGCAUGAAUAAUGAGGAAUAAGUCCCACCAUUCAUUUGUAACGACGAUCAAAAUGCACCAAUGAAUAGAAAAGUCAGACUGCAAAUAAUAAUCAUGUGCAGGCUAUUGACGCAACUUGAUGAUCAUUAACUACAGCUGUAGUGGCUGAAAUGCUUUGACGAUUUGCAGCUACUGGUUGCCCUGUUAAAUGAAAACAAUAACUUCAGUCCGAAACUGAAGAAAAGAUUGCUGUGGCCAAAGAAAGAACUAUUACAACAACGCUUGAGCUUUCUUUCUUCAUUUCCUCUGGUGCUAUUGACAUUUAAAAAUUUAGGUCUCUUGUGAACCAACUCAUUCUUCCAGUGUCAAUUUAAUCUUCCACUUUCUGCAGGUCUGUCAAUUCUAGCACAUUGUUAAUAACCAAUCAGCCAGAGGCUUUUCACCUAAAAAGAAAGCUUUGCAAUCUAUUAAUGUUCAAUCAGUUGUUCUAGACUUAUCCUGCAAUUGUUCCAUUUUUCAAUCUUUAUUUUAGUGGUUGCAUUUCUUGGUAUGUGUUUGAACAAGCAGUGGAAAGCUGCAAGGUUAGUAAGCUCAUCUUGUCAUCCUUGUGUUAGUUUUUCCUGGCAGAUUAGGUACCAUGAAUGACUUGUUACAUGUGCAUUAAGGAUCAGUCUGCUCACAGGUCCUUGGAAGUUAUUAAGAUUCCUGCAUUCUCUUGUACCACUGACCUUUAUCUUGCAAUUGCAAAGCCAGCCAGCCAGCUUCAUUAGUAACUGAUGUCGUCUUAAAGGGUUUGUGUACCUAAGGUCAAGAGGAAAUCUAUUUUGGGUCAACGGUGUGCUGUAGGGUAACUGUAAGGUGAUUAUGUCAUAUACAAUUACUUCUUCUUGACCAAAACGUGGUCCAGUGGGGAAGGCCUUCGUCCAACAGUGGACAUUCAACGGCUGAAACUGACUAAGUAUCGUUGACAUUCUCAAUAUCUUUAUUUCAGGGCUGAGUUAACUCCCACGCUCCAGACAACUUGUAUGUUGGACUGUUUGGCUACAAUCAAGACAACAAUCUCUUAUCUGCAGAAACUAAGGGCUGAAGAUAGUCUGCCUCAUGUGUUUGACCAGCUGACUUUUUCAUCUUUCAAAAACCAGACUAUUGCUGAUAAAAAAGCCUGCAAUAAUGUAGCUGGUUCUAAAGCUGUGAAGCCCUUGACAGAUCUCUUGAUGGACUUGUUGCUUGAUCUUUCUUCGUUGAUGUGUGACGGUAUGUAAUGGUAUUAUCAUGAUCAGUUGCAAUUUUAAAAAGAGAAAAAAAAAUUAUUGAUCUCGUUUUUUAGGAUUUCCACCACUAGUAUUAGUAACAAGUGAAUCUUAAUUCAGUCUGCAAUUGCUCAAAAAACGUCAUGGUUAAAUCAAUUUUUACUGAAUAAGCAGGAGCACGUUGACUUAUCAAGUUUGAAGUUGAUAUAUAGACAUGACAUUAGAUAUAAAUAUUAUUAACAAUAAUUAUUAUUUUUAUUACCCUUUUUUCUUGAAGAAUUGUUUUUUAUGGAUUGUCGAAGCACAGCAGGAAUGGCGAUCCUUGUUGUUCUUAACAUACUGUGUUCUGCGGAGAACUUUGUGGCCACAGUAAGUUAUAUAAUUAUUAUUCACUUUAAUUAGUUACAAUUACUGAAAACUACACAACAUUAUACAACAAUUAGCUUAAUAGAAAGGCAAACCCUAUAAUAAUGUACAUAGAAGACCCUAUCUAUCAAGCUUACAACAAAUUAUUACAUGUAUAAAUCCUAGCCGGGUUUGGUUAAGUGUUUGUUAUUCCUUAGCAAAAUGGUUUCUCCUAGAUAUAACAACUUGAUAAAGAAACGAAAUUCAUUGGCAAGCUAGACUUUCUUUACAUUGAUAACAUUCUUAUAACUAAAUAAAGAAAAAAGAAGAAGAUAAUAUUCAGCAGGUUUGAGACGUGUUAAUUUGAUUUCCUUUUUAGGUUGGGCAGUUAAUUUUCCCUUCACGUGUUCCACAUGGAGAAAUACGUUUUUCAAUCUUGGGCAACCUGAAAAAGAUGCCUGCAUUUCAAUGUUCUCAAGGUAGGAAUGCUCGCUCACUUUGUACUAAACCAACCACACUUGACUGUGCAAAUGACUAAACAAAAUACAUAUAAUUUGUUCUGGCAUUGUAUUAAAAGUUGCUUCCAUUCUAUACCCAUAAGCAGUACAAGGUUGAAAAACAAGGACAAGUGAUUUGUCCCAUAUAUAGUUAAAGAAUACCAGGAACAACAAAUCAUACUCUCGUAAUCACACACUAGCCUGUGUGACACUGUUCAUUAAAUAGCCGUAAUUAUAUUUGUGAAGGUAUUUUUGUGGUAAAAAAGCAUCAGCUGGAAUCAUAUAAAUGCGUAAUGAUCACCCAUUGCAGUUUCAAUACGUGUCAUCGUGGACGACAUGAAUAGAAUUAGUAGCAAUGGAUGCUUUAUUUGAAACUGUUAUUAGUACAACUUUCAGGAGAACGUAUGUGAAGUGUUUUCUUUCCCUUUAAGUUGGCUAUGACUUUCAUUAUCAGUCUGACAUUCUCUCAGUGUUGAGUCAUACCAGUAUCAAGUUAACACCUCUAACUUGAUCAGUAUUUAAAACAAAUGGCUUGCUGUGUUUUGGAUGGACCAAAGCUUAUUAGUAGUAUGCCAUUCCAUUUUUAUAAAUGCUCCUUGACACUAUCUGUGAGUGUCUGUUCUUGUUGUCCCAUGCAAGGUGAAGCAAAAGCUUGGUCAUCUAAGCAAAAGUGGGAACAAUUCUUGUUUAGUAUUAGCACACUCCAAUAAAGCGUCAGAGUCUAUUUCCUUUUCACAAAAUUGAGCCACUUAUGAAUAGAGGUGGUCCUAGGGUAGUUUUCUACAUUUUGUGUUCGUUAGUUUCCCAGCUCGUUUCUGGGUCGCGUUGGUAUUUUUUAUUUAUUUCGAGUCCGAACGUUAGUUUGUUCUACGCGUCUCUGUGACAGUUUUCGCUCUCAGGUCUGUAGUUUGUUCAAUUUCGGUUUUGCUUACAUCUGUGUGACUGGCUGCGCAUGUCAUAAUUUUAUAAUGGCGGAUUAAGUUCUUCGCCUGUGUGACAUACCCACCGUUUUUCUAUUUUGUAGUUCUAGUUUAACACUAGUGCCUUUGCUACGGGUCUUUGUGACGGAUGUCUUUCGUCGUGUGCCAAAUUUGUCCUGUCGGGGUCUGUGUGACCAAUUUACUUUCCAUUUUCGCGUGUUUAUGACCUGCAUUAGUCUCAGUACUCUGUGUGGAGAUUUCAUUUACGUCUGUGUUUGUCAUGCAGCAAAAUUAUCAUUUAACGUUUGAGCAACUGCAAGAUGCGGAGGGCGAAGUACUCGGUGAGGUGCUGACGGAGGCAGUCAUGCAGGGUUUAAGGCAGGUGGUGGUGAAUGAAGCCAUUGAGGUUGCUGAUUAUAACCUGCUCAUAGCGGUCCAUUCAAAUUCGUUUCGGGAGCUAUGGCAUCAAUCCCGCAAAAAUAUUUCCCUAGCUGAAUGGCUAGAGCAUGGACGGAUCAUUUGGCGAAAAAAUUGAAUUCAGGGUAGGCGAUGAAUGUAGAGCAGGAUGGGUUUUUUGUAGAACUGACAUUUGUUAGAAGGGUUGGUCGCAGUGGUAAAGGCGGUGGCAAGAAAGGUAAUCCAGGUCGAAUCGUGUGGGAAAAAAUAGCCAAGAAGAAACGAUGUGUGAUUCCCAUAAAAAAUCAAGAGGAUGACCUCUGCUGCGCCCGCGCGAUCAUCACGAUGAGAGAAUGGUCUCACUGUCAGGAGCCAAAAAAUCAGUGGAGCAAUUUAAGACAGGGUCGUCCACAGUAAGGAAUUUUAGCAGUGUAGUUGCAUCGACAGGCAGGGGUGGUUGAGGGUGCAUGUGGGUGUGAAGAGUUGCAAAAGUUUCAAGCGUUCCUGGGACCACAGGACUACCAGCUGAUCGUUGUUGAGGCAUCCAGAUGCAUUAUCUUGUUUAAAGAUCCUAGGCACCGCAAGUAAUACAGUUGGUAAAACAUCAGAAGCAUUAUGAUGGGUUGACCAGUGUCCCUGCAUUGAUUUACCGUUCCUACUUUUGUCGGCUCUGCGACAGUGCAUACAACUCAGAAUACGCAGCUCAUCGUAAUUGCAUGGGGCAGAACUGUCCUGCCUGCUGCAGAACGCGAAAAGGUACUGAACCCGGUUGCCCGAACUAUCCCGCAUGGUUGACGCCUGAGUUGGAAUGUGAUCGCUGUCACAUUAAAUUUUAUGGGUCGGACUGUUUUGCGGCACACCGGCAAAAAGGCAACAAAGGGGUAUAUAAGUCUGUGUAAAAGAUUUAGAAAGUGUCUGGUUUGUAGUGGUCAAAGAAACCGCAUGUCUGUUUCCACACCACUUGUCCCAGUUGUGGAGAAUUGAAACAUGUGGACCAUCGAUGCUUUAUUCAGCCCGUGGCCAAACAGAACAAAACCGGAAAUGCACACCCAGAUUUUGAAGCGCCUCUUGAUGAUGACUCAGACGAGGAAGACAAGAAGGCCCCCCUGCCUCCACCGAUUCCAGUCUUUGCCGAUAUUGAAUGUUAUCAAGAUGAAGACCGGGUGUUUCUUGCAAAUCUGGUCUGCUGGUCUAGCGCCGAAGAGGACGAAAUUCAUCACUCCGACGAGAUUGAAGAUUUUUUGGCAGCUUUGGAAGAACUGACGGGGGUUGAGGGCGAUGAGAGAGAAAGGAAAGUGGUAUCAUUCUUUCACCACAUGAGGGGGUUUGACGGAAAUUUUAUUCUUGAAAAGUUGUACAAUCAGGGGCGUGCUGUGGAAAAACCGCUGACGCAGGAGGCCAAGAUUAUGUCUUUUGAAACCGGAAACUUGGUGUUUAAAGUCUAUGAACUUUUUCAAUAUGGGCCUGGAUAAAUUUCCAGAGACAUUUAAUCUGCAAGGUUUUUUCCCGCUCGUGUUUAGUCGAGUGGAAAAUUUCAGUUACCGGGGAGUGUACUCAUCAGCAGACCAGAACAGCCCUGAUGAUAUGCCGGAAAAGAAGAGAGAAAAAUUCCUCGCCUGGCACACAGAAAAAAUCAGAGAAAAUGCCGUGUGUGACUUCCAUGAAGAGGUGGUGCGGUACUGUGAGAGUGACGUUCAAUUGCUGAAAGAAGGCUGCCUGAAGUUUAUUGAAGAAUUUGAGGAGAUAGCCGGGUUUAAUCUCCUGAUCGAAUCGGUCACAAUCGCCAGCGCCUGUAAUUUAUUUUGUAGGCGUGAAAAACUCGAAGAAGAUUUGACUGCAAUUAAGCCGCAGAAUGGAUGGCGUGGAAACAGAGUAAACCAGAGUAAGGUGGUGCUAGAAUGGCUUUAUUUUGAAGAUUGGAAAUUAGGAGGUGUUAGUCGAGUGAGACACGUUCGCAACGGGGGUGAGGUUAAGGUGUUGACGCUGGCGAAAGAAUAUUUUGUGGACAGAUUCGAUGAAAGGACAAACACAGUGUAUGAAUUUUUUGGGUGCUAUUAUCACGGGUGCAAGAAUUGUUUCAAGACGAACCGUUCUGUUCGAAGAAAUUGUCAUCUGGACCGUACCAUCCAAGAAGUGUAUGAAGCCACCUUACGCAAAUCAAAAAUGCUUCGAUGGGCCGGCUAUACCAUUGUAGGGAAGUGGGAGUGCGAGUUUGAGAAUGAUAAGAAAACGGACCCACAAAUUCAAGAAUUUCUGAAGACGCUGGAGUUCAACCCCGUAAGCGCCUGAAAAAGGACGUUCACUCGCUAAUUCUUCCGAGGUUUUUUUUUUGUGUGUCUUGAAUGGAGGUGUAGCGGCCGACACAAGCGAAGCAAUUUACGACAACGACCUUGAGUUCGCAAGCGACGACACACUAUAAAGCGAGGAAAUAUUUUACGGACAGGAGUCUUGAAUCGUUUAUUCAAGGUGAUCAUAGGAUCCAAGUCCUUAUCGUAAACUGAAACAUGAAAUACAAAAAAAAGGCUAAGCUAAUUUCUAACAUACAAACUACAUUCCAAUCAUUCCAUUGCAAAGUUGCAAAUUACACUAAGUCUAAGCCGAAGAAGGUGAGUGAAUCAAGACUUAAGAAAAUAAUCGAAGUACAAAAUUCGAGAUUAUAAAAAGAUACAUCUAAUAACAAAGCGAAAACAGUUCGAUGUACUAUAAAGAUCCGUAGAACCAUAAGGUCGAAAUACAAACAAAUAAUGAAACUAUAUAAAAGCAGAAGAGACAAACUACUCAAAAGAUUCUGAAAAACAAACUCUAAAACGUACUAAUAACCAAGUGAAAGGUGAGUAACAUUUUUAAAAGUAACAUCAGCCAACCUAUGCCACGUGGUAACAUGGCUGAGGAAAACAUGCGAUGAAAAAACUGGUGUAAGCUAAAGGAGUCUUAUCGAAAAGGUUAGGUGUAAAAAGGAAACUUAAUCACUUACAUAACAGUCUCGCUUGUAAGAGCUUGACCAAACAACUUCAAAGAUAAACUGGACUGACUGUACUAAUGACGAACACGACUUAUCGUUUGCCCAAACAAGCCAACUAACAAAAAUGCGGUUUGAGCGGAACUUAAGUAAUCACGUCCCUAAUGGACAAUGAAUAACGUCAUCUUGCGGUUUAACGCAAUACAAUACAAAUUAAAUCAAUAACGAAUCAAUAUUCGGGAAUAACGCGUGGUAGCCGUUACAGGAGGAGUCGACUUUUUAACACUGGACGUUUUUCGCGGUGUCUUGGGCAAUAAACGCUUUCCCUUGGACCCCGUUUUAAAGGAAAACUUGGGUUUUUUACCGCUUGCUGGUGUCUUGGGGGACUGUUAUAUGUCUUUUGAGUUUUGGGGAGAGUUGCGUGUUUUUGGUUUAUUGUGGUAGCUUGGAGUUGAUAUUUUGCCCUAAGCUCUCGGGAAGUGGCGGCCGUAGGGCUCGCCUCUUCCCAUAACUCAUCCCAACCUUGGGGCGUUUGGAAGUGGGGGCUCCCAGUGAGAGUUCAUUACUAUUGUAAACCAUAUAAUUACGGCUUCUCCUUGAGUUUUGCACCACCUACCGAUAUCCAUUUCUCUCUUUCUUCAAUCUGUUCAACCAGCCGAACAGCUCUCCGUCUACUUCUGUCUAUUCUUCCCACAACCUUUAAUUGCCUGCCUCAGUAGAAAGGAGUCAGCUUUACCGGCAAGUUGCACUACUGAAGACACUGCACAGAAUAGUGAUGGCCCUUCAUCUAGCUUGCUCAGUGUAGUAGUUUACCGUUGGAGCAAUGAAACAAUUCUUAGUGUGCACUUGUCUGUGUAGCCAUUAGACACCUUUUGAAUUUAACAACUCUUCCAUCCAAGAAUUGUCGCUUGACUUCUUAAUUAGUUUACCUCCUUUAAGUCCCAAGCCUUUUUUACUCGUACCAACGUAAUGAACUUAACCUAAGACAUCGUGUUUUUCAAGCUUAGCCUUUAUGAUUAAAAAACUCCUCAACUGAUGUGAUGACCGACUAAAAGAUGACAGCCACCUUCAAACGGCUCAGACAAUCUAUUUAACGUAAAGAUAAAAUGAAGGAGCACACACCCACAUGACAAUCAGCUUAACCCAGCUUCUGUAGGACCGGAGGAAAAGCUUAUUAGCAAUAUUUCUAUAAAGGCCGUUAUGAUGUCUUGACUCAAAAACUCUGCCAUUUAGACCAAAGUCUCAUAGAAGCCUCACUACAAAGAAAAAGCCAGUGCAUGCACAUGGUUAUUUUGCGGGAUCUUGUUGAUGAGAGAACUUGUCAAGUUUGUACAAAUGGCUUGCCAUUUGUCUGCUGUCAGAGAAUUUGAAAACGUGACAUCUUGCGACUGCUGCAAGUCACUGAUUAUCCUGUCACUGAAUGUGAUUAAUUGAUAGCCUGUUGACUAAUAUUUUACCCUAAAUCCAUGACCCAAAUGCAAUACAAACAAAUUAGCCUCCCACGCAGGCGUUUUUAGGGGAGCUUGGUGGGAGGCUACAAACAAAUAUGACUUGGGUUAUGUUUGUAGUUAUUUUUUUAUCUCAGGUAAAUUUUAUUUUCUUUUGUUUCAACCUCAUUAGCAUUACGAUACCCAAAAACAAAAGAAAAAAAAAAGCACCUGAAAUAAAAAAGUUAUAACGACAAUAUUCACUUCAUCCAGCAUAAAUAUUAAUGCUACAGCAAGGGGAUGAAAGCUGCUCCACUCAAUGCUGCUCAUCUCACCAUGAUGGUGCAUGUUACCAAAGUCAGAGUACAAUGGGCAUCUCAAACGGGUAGUUUCUGGGGUUUUGGCAAUGCAUUUUAUAUGAAACAGAAUAUGAGGUAAAAUGCAAACUGCUGCAAAUGCUAGUAAAUCCACCCUUAUCAUCUUUGACUGUUUUUUAACAUUGAACUGCACCGUUUGAAGCUGAAACUAACUAGACUGAAACUAAGACUAGCGUGUCAAAAACCAUGUUGAAUGUUACAUAAAAUUUAAAUUGAUACCUUAAUGUCUUUAAAUGACUUGGCAUGUAAAUGCUCUAUGGAAAUUUUCCUGUCUACUUUCUAUUUUGUAACUAAUUCACCACUUAACCUGACCCAUAUUAAUGAAUGCAAAUUGUGCCAAUCACUGGUUUUGAUGGAGCCCUUUGCUCUCAGACUGACAGUCUUAAUAAGUCACUUAAACCGUCAUUCCCAAAUUCAAAUACCAUCUCCACCAAACAGUUGUGUGGAAAGUCCCCCAUAUGUUCCCGUCAGUUCCGUAGCUUUGGUAAGCAAAGACAAAAAGUUUUAUUAAUGGUUAUUUUAUAUCCUUGCAUUUUGUUACAGACGAAGUGAGCUUUUCUCAUUUGUGUCUUUGCAAUGGAGUGUUGACGAUGGUAUCACCACAGGCUUUGAUUCAAUCAACAGAGGUAUAACCAUUGAAUAUCACUUAACAUAAUGCACUGGCCUCAAGCAAAUUACACAAACAGUAAGGACCUGAAGGUUCCCUUGAAGACUUAUUUGAGUUAAAAUUAAUGAAGUAUCCAGAGAUAUUUUGUCUCCACAUUAGCCUGGCAUCCGUAUUUUAGAGAACAAUUUUAGCAUUAAAACCAUAUGGAUUCUUUAAGCUACUUGAAAGCAGUGAAAUAUAAUACAUUAACUCAUUUCCCUUAACCUUUCUGCCGAAAAGAGCUGUCUGAAGUUGCUUAAACAUUUUAUCCCAAUCUUUUGUUACAUUCUGAAACUCCCCUUGCCUUCUUUCCUUACUUUACCUUGCUGCUCAUCCCCAUGUUUUGAUCCGUUUUCUUUGGGCUUUCCUAGGCUUCAUUUCUGUUGAAUGGGUUUUUGCACAAAUGCCGAAGAACGUAGCAUUAAUGCGUCUGCUCGGUCAUAAGUUUCCUCGUCUGCCAGUGAAGAAACAUGACUAUUUAGUUCAUUGAUGUACUUUAGUUAUAUGCCUUCUGAACAUUUUCUUGUUUCCGUAUUAGAGAGAAAGAGGGCAUAAAAAGCACUGUUAAAUGUUUUUCCUUGAAAUGGUUGUUACUGUUUUAUCUCAACAGAUAAUUGUAAAUGGCAAACUAACAAAUGGCACGUUGAUGUUUGAUGCAUUGUUUCCAGAUUUGUGUUGUCUUUGUGAUCGGUAGGUCUGCGGCAGCAUAAAUUAAUGUAGCUCACCUAUUGGCUACCCGUGAAACCAUUGUUAUUACAAUGACUAGUUUCAGAUUUUAACUUGGCACCACAUCGUGUCACAUUAUUCCAUUAUCGGGAUAAAGUAUGUUGCAUUUAGGACAAAGAUACCUUAUUAUGUGAUUUUUUCAAUACAAGCAAGAACCUACUGUGUUGCAUGAAUCCUCAGGUCAGUAUUUUGUAAGACAAAUGAACUUAUGAUUGUGCAUGCCUUGCGGUACCCUGGCAAUUCGCCAUAAUUAUUAUAUCUUAUUAGUUAGUCAUAAGUUGAUUGUACUUUGACAAUAUUUUCUACUCUUUAAGCCUGAAGGAUUCAAGUUCAUGUCUUUUCGCCUUUCGCACUCUGACGUUAUGGGCAAGUCAAGCAAGGUAUGCCUGGGUAUCUCGGAUUGGUAAAUUUAUAUAGAAAAUGGAUAUUCUAUGAUAGUUUAAGUGACGUGACAAUGAUGUUGCUAGUAAAAAAGCCAAGUUCUAGUCUGUAGCUAUUUUUCGCAAUGUUCACUAGGGUCAAGAAAUGUUAAGGUAAGAUUUAAAAAAAAAAAACAAACAGCAGCACUGUAGCUGUUUAAGAACAAAUGUUCUGUUAAGGUUUCACUUUUUAGACGUUAAGUUUCCUAGUUCAAUGUGAUGGAUCAAAUCUGGGCAUUUCCGCACGUGAACACAUAUGCUGCCCACAUCACUCACCACACCCAUAGAAUGGGAACACAACAGAUCACGUCACUUCUGUAGGGUUCCACAUUGUGCAGGCAUAAUUUUGAGAAUAAUAGUACGGAAAGAAUAGAGCAUUGUGUUGGAAUAAUACUGCAUCAUUUCUUGGAACCUUUGGGUCUUAUAAAACCUACCGAUCAGUGUACCAACUUUUAAGAACGCCUGGUUACAAAUACAAUACUUUCAGCAGCUCCAGUUCUACAACAUUAUCAACUUCCUCCUUAUUCAACAGUCGUGUGGGAAAAAUUGCAAAAAGUGCAGUUUUAUGUUUCAUUAUAAUGGAGCGUAAUAGCUCAGCAUAAUAGUUACAGCCACACCCUGUUGAUGCGGACACUGUGGGGGCAAAUAAUAAAUAAAUCGGGACAUUAGCAUUGUCCAAUUGAACCAAUAUAACUGUCAUAAAAGCUGUCAUUCUGCGGACUUUGUCUGUGGAAGCACUUCAAAGCCACCCAUUUUUUUGUUACUCAAUCAAUAACCGUUACCUGCAUAACUCGUUUGAUGCCAGAAUGGUCUGAAAUUGACGUCUACAACUCAUCCUUUCUGGUGUACUGUAGCGUUGGAAAUAUCGACAUGUUCUCACCCAAAGUUUUUUUCACGUUCUAAAAGGAAAGGCUUAUCACGGCACUAUUUAAGAAUUCCCUCUACUGUCAUUACUUAUCCCAAUACCAAAUAAAUGCUAGAUUGACUUGGUUGCUCUAUCCAUUCAUACUUCAUGUAUAGAUUGCUUUCACGUGUGUGUAUGUGUGUGCUUAUGUUCUGACCAGUUAUAUCUUAUUUGCUUAUUGUAUGUUAUCUUGUUUGUUUUUCUCUAUUAGCAUUUUUUCGUUGUAUCCACUUAAUGUAUUAGUUUUACCAUUUUUGCCCUUUUGCUCUUAAAUAUUUAAGUUAUUUCUUAAUUAUUCGUUUCUCUAAACUUGUUUAAUCUAUGGAGAAAUAAAUAAAUACUACUACUACUACAACAGUCUGCAUUAGUGAGGUUGACUUUCUGUGAGAAUCUGUUGAUUGGUCAAGAAACAAGUGUCUGUUGUUUGCAUUAAUGGUGUCCGUAUUAAGUGGGUUGGAUUCAGAGGAAAUGGGAGGGCUUUCUCCAGGGACAAGGAAAACUGUUCACGAAGUGUCCACAUUAAGCAAGUCUCUGUAAAACGGGUUUGACCGUAAUCCCAAAUUUUUUGUCAGCAACUGCCCGUCUUGUUCACAGGAUCACCUCAGUGAUCGCAAAGUGAUCUCGACCUUGGGAACUGGAGCCAAGGUGAAGACAAGGCUACGUGUCAUCAUUCUUGCCUCCCGUCUGAUUAGGGGAAAAGCGUGUCAAGGAUGCCCCAUCCCUCAAUACAGUUCAAACCAGCGUUGAUUAACUGUCUAUAAAUUCAUUCUUGUUUCUUCUUUCCUUGAAUCUUAUUGGGCUCUUCAUAAAUUACUGGGCGGUGUCCAAUGUGGUCCUUGUUUUCACACAGCCUGAUUGCAGAAGAUAUAUGCCACAAAGCAAUCUGGUGUUCUUCUUAGAAGAGCACCCGCUUGCUUUUAGGUCGAUUUUCGGAGACAUAUGUCAUGGCAAGUGCUUAAUUGAAAAUAACGUUUUGGAACCUCCAAAUUUGAAAAUUUUCUGGGGCAGGAUACCCCCAGACCCCCCUACAAGCUUCCUGUCUUUGGCACUGUCGAUAAGCCCCCCCCGUUAGAAAAAUACUUUGCUACGGCCCUGUUCAACCCUUUUCCUUAACGAUCGUUCCGUUUCUGCUAGAUAUGCUUGGUCACAUUGCUUGCAGGCCACUUUAUAGACCACAGCGUAUUUUUCACUUGGAUCCAAAGGGUCUUUGGGUCUUAUUCCGUUUAUUGAGGCAUUGCAAAUGGUGUAGCUUGGACCUAAACUCAGUGUUUUGCAAAUGUUUUCUUCAAUCUCUUCUGUAAGCCCCUGCAAAUAGGGCAGUGCCUCAAAGCCUUGGGAGGGACGGUUAAUUUUUUCCUUGCCUUGCAUGUCAUUGCCUAUCCGCCUUGUCUGUGGUUUCACACUCAGUGAGGGACCAUUUGAGGUCACCACGUUCACUAAGUACCUCUCUUGUCCUUUGUUUGAGGAUCUUCAAUAAUGGAAUCGCUUUAUUUUCACCUAGGCCACUGUUUCCAAGGUCAAGGUCACUUUGUUUUCUUGGCCAUGUCCCUUGAAGCCAAGGAGAUUCUGUGAACGAGAAGGACAUUUGCCGUCAAAAAUUUGGAAUUCACUGUUGCUAGUUUUUUUUCCAUUGCUGUUGAUAAGAGGAAUUUUUGAUUUUGUUAUUGCCUUGCACAGCAAACAAAUAUGUUUGCCGAAUUGUGUACAGCUUGUUCUGUUUCCUUUCAGGCAAAUUGCUUCAACUGGCCGUUAUGAUAGUUGUUGGUUGAAAGAUAAAUUGAAUGGAUCCUCACCUAUUCCAACCAAACUUCUAAGCUAUGUGUGGAGUCACUGGGACCAUCCCAUAGAGGUGAUUGUGAUUGUUACUUGCCGUACGAAGCCAAACGGUCUUCUUUGCUAUUUCCACCAGUAUUUAUCCGUUUAUGUUCAUUUAUCAGAUAUUGGUAUUUUCAUAGUUUAUAUUUGUCCACAGGUUUCUGCUUUUCCAUUAGUACAACUCUUUCCCCAUGCUACUUUGCGUUUCCCAUUACACAACAAUUUUUGUCUUUCGAACAUUACUUCAUUGAUGUACUUGUCUGAGUAAGCUGUGAGUUACUCAAUUUAUGCGUAUUACUAUUUACAGGGAGUACGAUACCAAACCAAAGUCAUUUGUGAGCAUGUUGUCAACCUCCACUUAAUAGUUUCCCAAAAUGGUUUGUAGAAGUGUUAAUAAUGUAUAACUAAACAUACGUAUUGUUAUUAAGACUUUGCUGGUUUGGGGCUAGUUGUGUGCAUUCCAUUUGCAGUAUUGUGUAGAGCAAAACUAUGGACUGCACAUGUAGCUUUGGCUUGACAACCUCUCUCAUUACCUUUAAGUCUAGAUGCUAAGAAAAUGACCUCAACACACAUCUCUACUUUUGUGCCCACUGAUUAAUCGCUUUAGGGGAAACUGAUGUAUUUUGGUAAUCUCUUAUCAGUGUAACACCCAGCAAACUUAUAAGAAUACUUACUGACAAAAUUGUGAAACACCGUAAAGUGUAAACUGUGUCCACAUCUUCUAGAUUCCCAUAAAGAAGCAUUUUUGAAGGAUCUGACCGAGUCUCUUCUCAAAGUUGGCUGGCAUGUGAGGGGAAAGUAUGCUGGAUUGUGCUGCAUAGCGUCAGUUGUGGGAGCUAAAAAGAUACUGCUUUGGUUUCCAACAGUUCCUCAGGAAAUUUAUCCUUUGAUGAGAGAUAGAUGCCUUGUACCACAUGUAAGCCAAAACUGUUUACUAUAGUUUAUGCAUGAUCAAGUUCUUUGUGAGGUGUGACUGUCACUUUACCUGCACCCGUGAAAGGAAUUCUAUCAGAUCGUAUAAGAUCAUGCGCUAGACACCAAGUCCAGGAGAAAAAACUGUGGCAACAUAUACAUUACAGUCAGUCAGUCGUCUUGCACCCCACCGUUUUUCUUUUGAAGUAAUCAGUCUUGUUUAUGGUAAUUUCACUAAGGUCCUAACAUCUUGAUGAGAAAUAGAAUAUUAGGUAAAUUCCCUGAAGUGGAAUUGCACCAACUAUUGAUGUUGGACCCUUUGAAACAACAAAAUCUGUUUUAACCUAAAGACCAAGAGUAGAGGAGGGUUGGUUGCAUCUUUCUCGUGAGAGACUUUGUAAGUUAGCUGUUGUUGUUUUUAUUAAAAAGCUACAUUGCUGAACAAGGAGCAUUUGAAAUUUGGUAUUGGAGACUACAUGGGGGGGAUCAUAGUCAAGUCUGGUACCUGCACCUUCAAGAACCCUCCUUGAUUUACAUGUACCUGAGGAUAAAUUGGGAUUAUUCUUGAUGGUAUUUUCCAUUGAAAAUAAAGAUUGUAAUUACCAAAAAUUAUAGGUUAUUCUGUUUGAUUGAUGCACAUUUUAGGUGAUGGACUUGGUGGAGAAAAUGGCAAAUUGCCACAAACAGGAGCUAAAAGACGCUGGGGAAGAUAUUGAAGCAUGGGAAAAGGUUUGUCAUCGUGUUAUUUAAUUUUUUUUCUACUUCUGUGAACAAUGUUUUGUUUUAAUAUUGCCUUGUUUCUCGUGCUUUGGGUAGACUUGGAUGGCUCCACUGCUUUACCAUGUUCAUCAUGGCUGUAAACUGAUGAGAGAACACCUAGCUCAGGUCAGCUAAUUAUCAGUAAUUAUAAGCAUGGCCCAGUUGUUCGAAGGUUGAUCAACGCAAACUCGGGAUUCAAUUUUCAUCUGGGUUUCUUUUUUUUUUUUUCAAACGCAUUUCUCAGAUAAUUUUUGUCAAUUCUUUUUAGAGUAUGUGAUCAUUAGUGUGUAGACAAACAUAAUUAAACUGAAUUCAAAUUGCACAUUAACCCUGGGAUAUCUUAACCCAGCUUUGAACAACCCGGCCCAGAGGUUUACUAAUACAUUAGCAAGAAAAAAUUUACGCUAAAAACGAGCGACGUUUCAGAAUCGUCUUGACUUAGUCAUCAAAUUCAAAAUGAUUAGAAUGACUGUGAGAUUAUGAAAUAUUCCAGAAUUAUUAUGUAAAUCUUCAGCGAACUAUUUCAUAAUCUCACAAUUUACGCUAAUUAUUUUGAGCCUGAUAAAAGGUGUGAUGACGACGGUAGUAUUGAUCGUCUAUCCAGCACUCAAAGGAUGCCACCACCUGUCAAUCAAAGAAUCCAAGAUGGCGGCGGAAGGCAGGCAGUCCUCAAAGGAAGUCACUUGUCAAUCAUGUUACGUCACCAUCCAAGAUGGUGGGUUCAAAAUGGUGGACGAAGAAAAGAAAAAAAAAAGAAUCGACUCUAUCAAGAGUUGAACCUGAAAUCUCCUGAUUCGUAGUCAGGCACCUUAUCCAUUCGGCCAUAGAGUCAUUGUCAUGUUAAGAAGAAGGCAUAGCGAGGUUUUGAUCCUCGAACCUUCGGUUUAUGAGACCGACGUGAUAUUCACUUCGCUACCGUGCCAUGAUAUUAAAAAGAAAAUAAAAACUUUUACCUGAAAGAGAAACGAGAGGAUUUGAACCAGUUAGCUUCGAAUUUAAAUAAAUUGUGACACUACUAUGUCAACGCUUUGCGCUAAACACGUUUGCGGCAAAAGAAGAAGGGAAAAAUAAAAUUAAAAAAUGAUCAAGGAAGAAUCCUCGACUAAACAGUAAUAAUGGUCAUGACUUUUAUUCAGGUGGUGGCUCCUAAAAGAGCCGUUUGGUUUGUGUAAGUUCUUCAAAGAACUAUUUCUGAGUGCAAAAUCGGCAGCAGCAGGCAUCCCGGGGGUGGGGGGCACUUAGGUAUUUUUUGGAUGCAUCAAACCACCCCGUUCUAGAAAAAUGUCCCCUCGACCCCAUUCUAGAAGGCUCUUUUUAUACCCCGUUCUAGAUAAAACUCUGGAUGUGGGCCAAUUUGUACGUUCUAUAACAAGUGUUUGUUGUUAACGCAUUGAACCGUAAAAAACAAUCUGUCCUUCGGUUUGAAUGUUCGAAAUAUAUACCCCCGUUCUAGAAAACGCCUCUGAAAUGGAUUUCAGGAGCUUCAAAAUCACGACCCCUUUGACUGUCAUUGUUCGAACCUUUUGUAAUAUAACUCUGGAUGGUGUUUGGAACCAAUGUGUAUCUUUGGCUUUGACGACUGUCAUUGGAACCAAGGGUGGAACCACACCGUCUUGUAGAAUUUGUCCAAUCUCUAUGUCAGAAUCCAGGUAUAACCUGAUUAUCAUUGCUUUUGUCACUGGAAAUACUUUGCCCCAGAAUCGACUUGGACAUUGUCAACAAUUAGUGGUAGACUCUUCAGGCAUCAUCAGUGGUUGAAAGCUUUUCCUUUAGCGGUGUAAAGAACUUGAGACAUAUUCAGUUUGUAUCUGUACAAUAAAAUAAAGUGCGUUAGAAGCGUUCAACUUUUAUAUGCUCACCGUUCCAGUCAAUGGUUUUGUAUGCUAAUGAUGUUCACUAGAAAAAGACAAAGCGGAUGUAAAUUCGACGUGCCGAAAGAAGGGAAAUUAAAAAAAGUCAAAGAAGUGUAUGAUAUUCAAUAACAUACACAACUUCGACUAAAACCGUGAGGGUCCCUACCAAUCUCGUGGACAGCAAACACGUACAGGUAAUAAUUUCGGUGACCUUCUUUCCAACCUGACUCUAACAGUUGGACAUCUUCAUCUUCUUCUUCCCAGGUUCGCUGCGAUAAAUCAGACAAAGUUGACAAUAAGUUAAAUGUCAACCAAAAUUUUGACGCUCGCGGAUGUUCGGUAAUGCAAACAUGUCUCUCGUUAAUAUGAUCAGCUUGCUCUUGAGUGAGGAUCGUAUCCUCUGUUUCAAAUGGGGUAGCCAUCGUUGAAAAUGAAAAAAUUUUUUCAACAUUUUAAAAACCGUGCUUUCGCAAAACAUGAAACCUGCGAACAUGUUUCAUCAAAGUCAAAAGGUAGCGAAGUAAUUAAUUUGAAGCCGACAAUGAGGGAGCGAAGAAGUUAAUUGGAAGUCGGCAAUGAGGGAGCGAAAAGCGGCUAAUUUGCAAUUAGAUUAGUCCUACCUCGAACCGCACCAAUCACCGCUUAUUGCGUCAUGUUUAAGGUAAGACUUUACACGUGCUUUUUCACCAGUCAUUCGACAACCUUCGAACGAAGCAGAAGCACUUUCUAGCCAGCCGAUUUUACAAUGAAGACUCUACAAGACCUUGCGCUACAAACCGUUCCCAAUCCCGCACUGAUGGGAAGAACCUUCUUAGUUCCGUGGCACCCGCUUGCUCAGAAGCUUGAAGCUCGCAAUUACGAAGAACAACGAAACUAGUUUCGUGAACAACAUCGCGUCCAUUUCAGGUAUGUUUGUGAAGAAUUUCGUUUUAUUCAAGCAUGGCAUUCUGACCAAAACAUUUACCCAAGCAAUGUUUCGUUUUUGGACAAGUAUUGGACAAGCUGUUUUGGAUCAAAGAUAUAGAGUGGUUGAGUGUUAAGACCAAAGUUUAUCUUAUGUUGUUGUAAACGUGUUUUUAGACACGCUUGUUGAAUGUUAGUCUUAGACAUAUCUUUUCUUGCGUUUAGAAAUGUUGUAAACCAAAUCAAGCAGCUAAAAGAAUUAUCAUAUUGCCGAAAAACCAAAUGGGUGCAUGUUCAGUAUGAAAAGUAUUCCUGUCUUCAGUGUCCAAGAAUUCGUACAAAUUUGACUCUCGACGGAAUUAGGUUAAAAAUGAAGCGACGGUUUGUUGAUAAGAAUCAAGAGGAAGCGAAGAUGAGGCAAUUAUAUUUUAGCCGAUCCCGCUGUCAUUUACAGUUUUAGUUAAAAACUUAGACCCACUUGUUUUUAUUUUUACUUUGUUAUAGAAAAACCUUACGAGCGAUUAAAAUUCGCAAGGUGUGCCAUUCUGCUUUGUGGGUUACAUUUAACGAACAUGCUGUAUGUAGCCAUUGCAUGAGACUCACGGUGGAAGGGGUUACCGUUGAGGGACAGUCGUGGUUAGAGAGAUAUCUCGAAGUAGAUUUUGAACUUGAAAGACAGCGAAUUUUUCAUUUGUUUGCGGGUAAAAGUGUGUUACGUAAAAUUUCCUUUCAAUUUUAGAAAAUGUCUGCAAGAUAUUCGAUCUUUACCUAUCUGUGGGUUCACAAAAUGGAUAUAUUCUGAGGAACAGUGUACCUGUAGGACGUGAAUUGGUUUACCUCAUGUAAUGAUUGAUUUAUGUUUAUUACAACAACCGUUUAUUGAAAACAUUGAGGAAGUACUUGAUCGUUUUGAACGUACAUACGCACAUUUAAGAGAAGACAUGCCGUUUCUGUUUCGUGAUCAUGAAUUCUAUGAUUUUUUAUUGUAGAUGCUGUCUUGGUGUGACAAAAGAAAUCGGAAAAGUUCCAGGAUUUGAGAUACGUUGGAUUGAAGACUUAUUAUAUUUUUGGCGUGGUCAUGGAAAUGCGUUUACCCGCUAUGUCGAUCUUAAAUUUUGGAUAGCUGAUGAUUGGAUUUUUUAUUGUUUAUGUUUCAGAUCUUGUUUGGCUCAAUUACAGCAAAGACCAAUCUGUAACUUUGUAAAGUGGGUCAAUACCUAUUACAAUGAAUUUUUAUGCGCGCACUGUUUGGGUUUGGCUCAACUGAACUCAUUGACCAUUAUCACAAUUCAGGUUAUUUUUGCUUUUUGCAUGCCACACCAAGAUAUCGACUGCAAGCGAGAGAACAAUGUAGAGAAGUGUAUGUGGAAUUGUUUGAUAUGUUUGACUGGUUAGGCAAGAUCGAAUAACGAUUCUCACAUGUCCUACUUUGUAAAUUAGGUUUUUGAAAAAGCAGACGAAAAGGUUUAUUAAUAAAGAAACGUUGCGUGUUAUAUUUAUUGUGUCCUGGGAAAUAAUUUUAUGAGCUGUGUUGUCAAAUGAACACUCAGACGGGUGGGAAAUUAGUUUAGUAAUCGAAUGAACACUCAGACUAAAAUUAAUUGUUCUAGUCAGUGGUUUCGUAUGCUAAUAACGUUCACUAGAAAACACAUGCAAAUUCUGCUGAGUCAGCAAAAACAAGGUCAGGCAACCUUGAACAACCUUAACCCAAGCACGUACGAUUUUAUCUGCGCACGUGAUGACCUGCACUGACCUUGAUCUAAACCUAUAUUGAGUCAUGCUGUACACGUGGUGAACCGGUUUGAAGCGGUUUCAACCAGGUUCAACGUGUCUUAGUAUAGCAUAUUAGCGUUUGAGAUUCAUUCAGUCUUUACUGUUUGUCCGCAAUGGAGUCUUCGGGCUCUAUGGAAGAAAGUCCUUGGUCGUCAAUGGAUGGAAAUGACUUGAUGAAUGACUCUAUAGAUGAAGCGUUAUUCGAACAAACUAUUUGAAGUAACGGUAAGUGAACUAUAAUGGAAUCUUUUACGAUGGAGCGGUUUGACUUGCAUUUACAAACAAAUGUAUGGGAAUGUUGCAUAAAAAGUCUGCAUUUAAGAAAUGUAACUUGCAGUGUUUUACUGCAACGAAGGAAAAAUUAUAAUAUGCGGACCCCUGAGAAAACAAGAACAAACUUAUAAUUUUCGGGGUAAAUUUAUUUUAGAUGAUAUGACUGAGUGGUCCGCUAGCCAGGGCAAUGAGCUCAUGACAAGUAGCCAAGAAGAGGUGUGUUUAAUCGGGGCGUGUAGGUCGGAACAACAAGGAGGAAACCUGUUAUUUGAUGUCGAUGUAGAGAGGGUUGGGGCUCCACGACUGUGUGGUGAUGGAACGGUAGAGCAGGAACGAAUGCGGUUGAGACUUCGGCAAUUGAGAGUGCCCGAGGACGAUUUGUUGGGGGAGGCCAUUGCUGAGGCGUUUAGACAAGGUUACCAUGAUGUGGUACGUGAACGGGGUUAUGUGCCUGCUGAUUAUUCGAUGCAAUUUGCGGUUCAUCACAGCAGUGGUAAUCAUGUGUGGACUCGAAGUCCCAACAUUCCACUAACAGAUUGGCUUGAUAAUAACCAGAGGUCUCGAUAAUGGUUGGAGAAACUGGCGAAACAGCUGAAUUCAGCUGAGGAUUUGGAUGCCACCAAGGGUGAAUUUUAUGUAGAGAUGACGUUUAGUUCUGGAUGUGGUGGAAAGAAUGGUGGGAAGAAGGGUAAUCCUGGGUGGAUGUCGUAUGAAAAGUUGCUGAAGAAAAGAGGUUGCAUUAUUCAGAUCAAGAACAGGGAUGAACUGUGUUGUGCUCGUGCAAUAGUGACCCUCAAAGCCAGAGUGGAUAAGGACCCUGAGUAUCAAAAUAUCAUGCAAGGUCGUGGUGUGCAAGGCUGGAAAAUUACAUCACGAAGUAGGUGUUGCGGAAGGUCCGUGCAGAUGGGACGAGUUAAAGAAAUUUCAAAAGUUCCUUGGAGCCGAGUAUCAAGUGAUUGUAUUGGAAGGGCCUAGAGGAACGAUUGUGUUCAAAGACAAGCUGCUAUAGUUGCACAAGGGGUACUUUCCCUACUAAUGGAUCCACUCAGUAUCCACUCAGUAAGUAUUACAGCUACUGUGGCCCGUAACCAACUGCUGAUGCGUAUAAUCCUGAUCGUAUGCAUGAGAAGAAAUGCAAAGCCUUUCUCACCUGGCAUAGAGAGAAAGUGGAAAGUGCUGCUAUCUUUGACUUCCAGUAACGAAGCCAUUGAAUGGUUGGAGUUCGAAAAUUCGAAGCUCGGAGGGAUGGGGCGCAUUCGGCAUAAGAGAAAUUCUUUGAAUGGUGAAGUGAAAGUCCCGACACCUGCGCAGGAUUAUUUUGUGGAUGGGUUUAAUGCUGAAACUCGGACGGUGUAUGAGUAUCAGGGUUGUCUCUAUCACGGAUGCAAGCAGUGUUUUCCCAGCAGUGCGAUGUUGAGAGGAAUGCUCAUCCAGAUCAAACAGUCGAUGAGGUCUAUGAGGCAAUGCAGCGAAAAACCCUGAUGUUGAGAGCGGUAGGCUACACGGUGAUUGAAAAGUGGGGGUGUGAAUACAAAGAAGACAAGAAAACGAAUGCUGAGCUGAAAUCCUUCCUGAACAACCAUGAAGCCAUACCACCCUUACAGCCACGAGAUGGCUUCUUUGGAGGACGCACAGGUGCGACUACAUUGUACGCUAAAGCAGAACCUGAUAAAGAAAUUCUCUAUCAAGAUUUCACGUCCCUUUACCCAUGGGUAAAUAAGCACUGCAAGUAUCCCGUUGGCUUUCCCGAGGCGCACCUGAAUGCCUCCAACCAGGAUAUCCACAGCUAUUUUGGAGUUGUACUCAUUGAUGUCCUUGCACCCGAACGACUGUUCCACCCGGUUUUACCAGUCCGAGAAGGGGGAAAAUAAACGUUCCCGCUGUGCAGUGGCUGUGUCAAAGAAGAGCAGCAAAAGCCGUGGCUGGAAAGAAGUAACGUGUGGUCACAACGCCCAAGAAAGAGCUCUCUGUGGUACGUGGUGUACGCCUGAAUUGCAGAAAGCGGUAGAGAAAGGCUACCAGAUACUCAAGAUCCAUGAGGUGUGGCACUUUACUCCAGAGAACUGACGGGUUGGACUGUUUAAAGAGUAUGUCAACACUUGGUUGAAACUCAAGCAAGAAAGCGCGGGAUGGCCAGCAGACUGUGUGACACCAGAGCAACAAGAGGCUUACCUAGCAGACUAUGAAGCACAUGAAGGAAUUAAGCUGAAGAAUGUUGCAGACAAUCCAGGACAGAAAGUGAUUGCGAAAAUGCUUUUGAACAGGUAAGUCUGUCAAGUUUUACUGCAAUGAAGAAAAAGUUAUAAUCUGCGGACCACUGAGAAAACGAAAACAAACUUAUAAUUUGCGUAAAAAGUCUGCACUUUUGAAAUGUAACUUGCGUGUUUUACCGCAACGAAGGAAAAAAUGUUAAUCUGUGGACCACUGAGAAAACGAAAACAAACUUAUAAUUUGCGUAAAAAGUCUGCACUUAUGAAAUGUAACUUGUCGUGUUUUACCGCAACGAAGGAAAAAAUUAUAAUCUGCGGACCUCUGAGAAAACAAAAACAAACUUAUAAUUUUGUCUUUCUGUCUUGCAGCCUAUGGGGAAAAUUUGGCGAGCAUCAAAACAAGCCACAGACUCAUGUCAUCACCUCUCCCCAUCAGCUGUUCAACAUUCUCGACGAUCCUGUCUAUGAGAUUUCCGCUGUACGCAUAUGCAGUGAAGACGUGAUGGAGCUCGUCACGACGAUGGCACAGGAAAAAUGUGAGAGCAGCUUUAAGGCCAAUGUGUUUAUCGCGGCCUUCACGACCUCGCAUGCUAGAUUGAAGCUGUACAGUGCCUUGGACACCCUGAAAGAACGCGUGCUGUAUUACGACACUGACAGCGUGAUUUAUCGUUGGAAACCAGGGCAAGAGAAGCUACCUCUGGGCCGAUAUUUAGGUCAAUUCAGAGACGAAAUUGGUGGGGACCCUAUUGUGGAAUUUGUCAGUGGUGGCGCAAAGAAUUACGGCUACCUUACCCGCAGCGGUAAAACCGAAUGCAAGCGCGACUGAAAAAGCAGGUCAAUCUGAUGUGUGGCAAAAUGGUUAUGUCAAUGCAGACGAUUUACGUGAAUGGGAGAAAGCAGGGGCCUGUCAUGAAGGGGUGGAUAUUUUUAAUACAGUGAAACACAGAAUAGAAGAAACAGCGCAUGCUGCUUUUGGAUGAUGGUUUUAAGUUUAGUUCAGCCCGUUGACAUACCUUAGCGUGGAACAAAGACGGAGUGCAACCGGAACUCGUCUUAACUCAUCUUAACUCGUCUUAACCCCCAGACCAAUCAAGCCGAUAGCAUGGGACCCAAUAUGGUGCAUAGCUACCCGAAUCACACUAAAGGAGUCAGUUCCUUGGAUACGGGAAAACCUACCAAAAUUCUAGGCAAUUGGCUUCAUUUAAGUACUCUCUCCAAUUGGCGUUUUAUUAACCUCAAUCAAAGUUUUGAAGACGCCUUAAACCUUCACCCCAGACCCCUGGAAGUCACAGCCAAAGUGACCGCCAACCGCGUGACCGUCACGCAAUCCUUGGGUCAAGUGUACUAUGCUCCUCAAGGAAGACAGCGCUAUGCGUUUACUCCCAUUCAAGAAACCUUUCAGGACGUACAAGACAAUCAUUGGGAUGAAGUAGAAAUCACUCUCAAAGAAUUGGAUGGCAGUCUAGUUCAAUUUCAAUCGGAUAGCCAAUGUGUGCUUCAGUUACAUUUUACUAAACAUUAAGACACUGAAGUUUAAGAAAAAGCAUGUUUUAUUCAAUAAAAAAGGCAUUACAAUUUGAGUUUUCUCUUUGCUUGCAUAAUUUUCUUCACCAUGUGUUCUGUCAUGGUUUUCUUACCAGGUAACUUGGUAAUAGCUUGGAUCAUCUUGUCAUCGGCUUUCCACUUAUCUUGCAUAUUUUUGGCCUUGCUAUACGCAAUGUCAUGUUUUUGGGCAAUUAAGUCUAACCGAUUCUUUGGCUUGUCUCCGCGCUUUAAGCGUUAGGCUAAAUGUUGCCAGGACGAGCAUAACUGUAAGUCGGAAUGUGAAACUCUAUGCCAGUUUUUUCAAUGGCGUUUUGAAAGUCAAAUUUUCCCUCUCUCUGUCGUCGCUUUCUGCGGCAAGUUUUAGUAUGUGUCCUCUUACCAGUCUUGGCCAUCGAGUUUACGUUUGGCGGGGGUGCCAAAGGGUUUCCAACCAGGGGCUGGUGCUAACUAUUUCAAAGCUUUUCCGGUGGCCUUUUUCAACACAGUUUUUGUUAAACCUUCUUUUUUUCGUUCCUCACUCUGGAAUUUGCGUGUACGUCUUCUUAUGGCUCUGAGACUGUCUCUGGCUAAUUCACCUGCACUUUUCCAAGGAGAUUUGCCUACCUGGUCUGAAAACGGUAAUUCUGUGGCUAAUUCUUGUGAAGAUUUUUCAGCUGUCUUUUGAGGGGUCUUGUAGGCAGACGAAGGAGACUUUUUCUUUUUAGGUGUCUUGGGUAACAAACGCGUUCCUUUCGACCCAGUUUUAAAGGAAAACUUGGGUAUUUAUCUGCUUUCCGGAGUCUUGGAGACUGUUUUAGAGUUGGUGUAAUGGGUAUUUGCGGAGUAGCAGCCACUGCCUUCCUUUUUAUACCUUUUUGAAUUUUCGCGAUAUUUCCCAUGAAUUGUUAAAAAAGGACCUACCGCUAAAUUAUGUUCAUCGUCAUCCUCUUCUGAAUCAUCAUCACGCCCUACAGCAUGUGUCCCUCCAGUUUGACAGAUUUGUUUCGUCCAUUGUCAUAAUUGUUGGUUCACGGAUUUUAAACGCAGUUCUUUCCAAGUAUCAGGGGCUGGACUUUCAAGGAAUAGUUCUUGUUGAGCCGCUAACCCUGCUGCUUUGGUCAAAUGACUAUCCUCUAAGAGAUCUGAUUUAUAUCGAUCACGUAACUUUAAGAAUUGCACAGAGUUUUCGACCGGUGUACUGGAUAUCCCGUCCAUCUUUCUAAUGUGACCUCUCGGUUGUAAACAAGGGGUACUUAUAGGUUUUUGGGUCGACACCUCUCUUUUAUUUUCUGCCUAAACUCCUUGAUCAUUUCAGCUAAGAGAAGAAAGUGGUUUAACAGACACAUCAAUCGUUGUAGCAACACGCGUUUCAUGUCUAGUAGUGGAAUUGAGUUUUGGCACAGUUUAAUUCUUUCCAAGCACCGGCUCCUAUCUGUUGACUCAUCAGUUGCCUGCGCCUUUUUAUACUCUGACGAGGAUUCGCAAUUAAGCGGAGCUGCUGACUAUAGGGUUUUAAUCGAGUCACGGUAUGUCUGCCAGGACAAAUAGCCCCUCGCAACUUAUUCAUGACCAGUUCACUCACAGCAUUAAUUUGAUCUGCAUUGGCAUAGCGUAAUUUUUGUUGGUUGGCUUCCUUUAAGACAUCGUUUAAAAAGUGACUUUGUCUUGUCAUACGCCCCGUCAUGUUGCUUUAGGUCGACGUGUCCUUUUAUACUUCUUUUUCUCUAAGGAUUUUAAUGCUUUCAUAGUCCCAUAAUUCGCAGCUGCUCCUAAUCCACCCAUAGCUGCGUCUUUUCCUCCUACCACUAAAGCAGGAAUGGCUUCGGCUAAGAAGUGUGCAAUGCCCCUGUGCUGUGUCUUCCCACUGCGGGUUUGCGCUUUCUGGUGGUACCGUGUCGUGCUUUUUCAUUUUGAACUACAGGAUGCACGAAUAGACUGCCUUUUUAUAUCCUCGUCAAACAUGUGUAGCAGAGGUCUACCUUCACGUUUGGUUAAAUGACUCCAAAUCCGAAAAUGGUCAUCGGAAGCAGGAUGUAAAUCUAACAUAAAAUAGCCAAAGGGACGAGUGCUGAGUUUUAAAAAUAAUCGAAGCGACAUUUUACAGGGUACACGUGCAACAGACUGAAUAAGCGUUUGCAUCUGUUCCCUUAAAUAUGUUUCCCCCAUGGUGUCUAUAUGUUGUUUUAGGUCCUCCCACCUCCUCGCUUGCGCUAGACAUUGCACAAAAUGGCAAUGAUACCCAUCCCACAUGACCGCUGGAUCAAGACAGUGAGUUACCCACUUGUGAAAGUUGUCUUGCCAAUAACACCAUUCUUGUUCCACUAAAGCUUUCAGUACGUUUUAAACAUCACCCUGCGUUAACAUGAUUGAAAUAAACCACACAGUUACCAGUGACACACAUUUUUAUUGAUAAAAAUAGCAAAAGGUGCUGUGGCUUACAUUGUAUUGUUGACAACUCAAGUCGCUCCUUGUGAGCUUUGUUUUAAUUAAAUGUUGAAUCUUUUCACCGACUCGUCUAUCAUUCAACAUUAAAUUGUGCGAAUGCCAUUGCGCUAAGAAAUCUUGAAAAGAGACAUUCCUGGCUUUGGCUUUUAGAAACAAAAGAGCAUAAUGCCCGCAGGUAUAACUAUCCAUGGCUUGCAAGGUUUGAUCGCUGGUAAUCACUUCUUUCCAUUGUUUAAACCAAGCUUGUAAGGUGGGGUUUUUGUAGCCAGAGAGUAGUAAAUCAUAACUGUCAAACACUUCACACACUCGAUUUCAUGUCCAAAUCGCCUGUGGGAUUUAAACAUGUCCGGGCAAUGACGUCAUUGGUUCUCUAUUUAACAAACGCUGCACUCUGCAAGUGAACACACAUCAAGAUGCUUCGCUCCACAACCUUGACGGUGAUUUCAGGCGGUGCGCUUGGCGUUGAUUUAGAAGCAGAAAAGUUAGCAAACAUUAUGGUUUGAAUGUGGAAGUACUGAUUCCUCCUUGUCAUCCGAGAAGCACUACUGUUAAGCCAUUAACACAUCAACAACUGGGAGAAGCGAUUCCUAUUACCAAGCAAGCCGCUGCUCGCCUGAACAAGCAAUUAGAAAAUCCUAUCAGUUUACAGUAUAUUCAUCGCAACUAUCAUGUGGUGAAACAAGCAGACAUGGUGCUGGCGUUUACAUCCUUUCAACCUGAAAGUAACCUAUGCUUUGGAGGCACUGGCUGGGCGGUGGAGAUGGCCAAAUUGUUAAAGAAAGUCUUGUAUGUCUACGAUGUGCAGCGACAUAGUUGGUUCUGGUAUAACCCUGAGCAUUUUGUGUUUUACGCAUGUGAUCAAAUGACCGAGGAACAGAUUGCUGUACCAACCCUUGUCCCCGCAAACUGCUAUUGUGGGUGUAAGGAACAUUUAUGAUUACAUGUACCCUGAUGCUUUACUGGAAUUGCAAGAGACUUUUAAACGGAGUUUAAACCUGCCUCAAGCAAACUGAGAAGAAGUAAAGGAUCUGUCUAAGACAUUUUCUUUUAGUUUAAAACUUUAAGUGACUGUAAUUUCAACAUCUUUCUUUGCUUUUCUUAGUCAGUGACUUUGUGAGCUCGAGUGAGAGAUAAAUCCUUGGAAACAGCGUUCGCAGAAAUAAGUUUGACUUUGAUGAGACUUGCUUCUGGAAAGUAGUCGGUUGAGAUUUUUCACCCAGGCAUAGUGAGACUGCUCUCCUUUCUUCCAGUACAAUAAAGUGACGCGAGAGAAUUUCUAAACAUUUAUAUUACAAUAAAAAGAAAACAAAUUGUUUUAUUAUAACUAUGGUAUGAUUAUACUUUGUAUACAUUCUACACACUCGAUGAACCCUUAGAAAACGUUUUUAAACGUUUUGUUGUUCUCCUAUAUAAAGUCACCUUCUACUAGUCCCUUAGUAUCUGUUCUCCCCUUAGCGACUGAGAUCGUCCGCCAUUUUGAAUCCGCCAUCUUUGAGUCUUGGAUGGCCGCCAUAUUGGAUGGUGACGUCACAUGAUUGACAGGCGACUUCCUUUGAGGACUGGCGGCCUCCGGCCGCCAUCCUGGAUUUUUUGAUUGACAGGCGGCGGCAUACUUUGAGUGCUGGAUAGACGAUCAAUACUACUGACGACUCCAAAACGUCGUUUGUUUUUAGCGGUAAUAUCGCAAUUAUUUUUCAUUUCAUCCAAAUUGGACACUAACUUAGGAUAGUGCAUGAGACAUACCUUACUGAUAAAUCGACUAAAUGAAUAUGAUCUUGUUAUUGUUUCCAGGCAGUGUUGAUUUAUUUCUAGCACGUUUUAGAUCUUGUUUGCACAACUCGAAUUCACGAGAAUGUUGUUUGUCGCAAACAAACAACUCAAUUUUUACCUCUUUAAUACCAUGUUUAUGACAAUCUUAGUUUUUCUCUGGGAUAGCAUCAUUAACUGGGUUAUAUAAUUCUUCCCCAGAAGUACUGCAAAAAGGAUUUGUUGAAGAAGCUGGAAUUGUCUUAAAUGUUAUUUUUUCCGAACACCGGCUUGCUACACACUUUCUAUCGCCCAAUGCAUACUGAGAACGUUAGGCAAUGACAUUGAAUCAUUUCUGACAUGAUGCAUUAUGUUGUUUGUUUGUACUAAUUAUAAUAUAAUAAACUGCUUCUGUUCAUUUUUACAAUUAGCUCAUCCUUCGUAAAGAAUGAUUGACCAAAGUUUCAUUUGAAGGGCUAUUGUAACCUAAGUUUGCGAAACCCAAGCUGUUACUGCAACAAUAUGAACAAAGAAUUUCCAGCUGACUACAUUAGUAGUAUAAUAGGGACAGCAUUAACCGUUUUGGCGGUGAAAUCUCAAAAAAUUUUCGGGGGAAAAAGUUAACGUCAUAAAUAGGUAUCUUAUGAUAGGUUUAGGUUGUGCCUGGUGUAAACGGUUUGACAGGGUUUAAUGUAACGUCGCCUGUUUUGUUUUUUUCUGCUUUCGUUGUACUUUGCAGAUAAAUAAUUGUUCUGUUUCCGAAUUACUGAUUCUUAAGGUGCAAAUAGCGAUCAUAUCAAUGACUGAGAGGGCAAGCAGCGCCCUGAAACUCGCUAAAACAAUACUUGUUUGCUUCCAUUCCAAUUAUAAACGUAAAAUGUGCUUCUUAACCUGUUUGUAGCCAUAACAAACUUCUUGCAAAAAAUCCCAUGCCAAUUCCCAUUUAAUGCAAACCUUUUCUCCUUGUUGUUUUUACAGUAUUGUCUUCCAAAGCUUCUUAAAUGUUGUCCGAAAAGCCUUCAGUAUCUUAUAAAGAAUCUUCAAGGCAGCAAUGGUGAGCGUUGUUUUUGCUAGUUUUGUGUUUGCCUCACUGAACCAUUCACAUCAAUUAGACAUAGCAGAAUUUUUGUCUGAGAAAAUCCCCUCCGUACUGUAACAGUAUCAUUCUAAGAUGUGAGGUGGCAUUAAUCGUAAGGUGUUUAUUAAGGUGUUUCUCUUUCAGAACCCGGGGGACUGUUAGCAGACUAAAUAGAAACUUGUUUGGGCCUGUAGAUUACUUGGAUUGUAACUCAAGAUAGUCAACAGUGUUUAUCUGAACAUAAUUGUUUAAGUGGAAGAAAGAGGAUAGCGCCCUCCAAACAGCCUUGUGACCUCAGCCCUGUGUAGAUAAGAAAAAGAGUAGGAAUGUUCUAUUCUCCUUCCUGGCAAGUUUUAAUUGUUCUUUUUUGGUUUGCAUUGAUGGUGUUACAGUACCAAACUCAAGAGACCUUGGAACAUUAAUUACAUGUUUAAAGACAGCUCGUUCCGCAGGAUUAAUGAGCUUGAAUAAGAACACUCUUAGUACUGGAGAAAAUGUGUGUAUGUGGUGUGGAGUGGUGCCUGUGGAACUGAUGAAGAAAGCACUGUGUCAUUUGGAUGAUCAGGUAAACUUCAUUGUUUUAGAAUAUUCAUCUCCACACAGCACGCUCUGAACAUUGGGGGUCCUAAAGACGUGCGGGACGCGUAUCACACUUAAACGUAGUCAAUGGCUUAGUUGCCCCUGAAUGUGUCCCGAGAAGCGCAUUGGCUUCUAAGCGCUCGAGUGGGUUCUGGAAUCUCGAUAGGGACUCCGACAAACCGUUAUUAUCAUUUGCAGGUUUUUAUACACUUGCAUGGUCCUUAGAUCCUAACUACGACUGUCAAGGCUGAAUAGUGUACACAGCAUUGUGGCAGCUUGAUUGAAUUGUAUCCCGCAUUACCGGUAUACGAUUCCGUGCAACUGUUGCUCACACGAAACACAGUGUGUUGAAGUUGUCUUCUGUCCCAGAAAAUCUAGUGUGCGAUCCUUCGGGAAAAAGUUUCCUCUUUGAAAACAAAAUUGGCCUUUUUUUCCUUAAUAUCAAACAACGUGAAAACUAGCUUUACUUUUACCUUAAAAUACUGCUAAUUUCUUUUUUUCCAACCUAAUGUCGUGAAAGAUGAGACAACACGGGUGAACCAUCUUUGUUAUUUCCUUCCGAAUGUUAAGUUAACUUUUAUCCUCUCUUUUAAUACGUAACUUUGCUAUGAUUUGCAGAUUCGACUCGCUGCCUUUGGGUUACUUUGUGAUUCUACAAAAACUACCGAAUCAGUCACCGAAGUGGAUUUACAACUGUUACAAUUAUUUUGGCCUUUAAAUAUGAAUAAUCAGUCUCCCUCGUUUCGACAGCAAGCGGGAGCACAUUUUAAAAAGGUAUUGCGUAAAAAAAGCCCUUUCCGACUGACUUUUAUUUUAGGGCUUCCCUGUUGAGAAUGUGUGGGAAAUGCAGCACAGGUGUGCGGUAGGUUUACUUAGGGCACUUGUUAGCUAAUAACAAUUUUUAGAUGCUCCUGUUAUUAAUACGGGUGAUUCUUCGGCCUCUGUUCAAGAUAUCAGAUAUUAGGAUUUUGAAUUUAGAAAACUAUUUUUAGCUUGUACUUGGAAAUGUGGUAUUCGUUGUUAUAUUAAUUUUUGUAAAGAUACACUUUUACUUCCAAAUUGAGUUAAGUAGAAUUUAACCAACAUUUCUGUGACCUAUAAUUCCUGCAUCCCUGACGUCACAAAAAUCCCCCAAGAUGCAAAAUAGUCCAUGGCGUGCGUCAUGUGCGAUGCAAAGAUUGAGCGAUUGAUCUGAAAAUGUUAGAAAAGAAGGACUGUAUUUUGAUUCCAGAAUACUGUAAUGCCGAGUUUUGGUGUUAAAAACUGUCUGGUUAUAUCAAGGCUCAAACGUUUUCCAUUUACGACGGAUUUGUUCAAGAUGAGGCCCAGGAUUCAACAUAACUGUUUGUAACAAAAUCAUCAAUGUUUUUAAGAGCGAAAAUACGAAGGAAAACUUGUUUUAUAUACCUUUAGUACUACAUUAUUUAAUAACUGUCUUAUCGCGCCACCCAAGGUUUUACUAAUAUUUUGCGUUUUUUUAUAGUUCUUAUUAAGAUUAAGGGAAUGCCUUCGGAUAUCCAUCAAAAAUCUCAAACAAGACAAAAGGAAUACAGACAUUCCGUUUUAUCAACACCAACUUACUCUUUAUAGGGUAAGUCAUCAUUUUUUAUCUCUAUUGUAGCAUCAAGAGUACUUCAUAUCUGUUUUUUUUUUCUAACAUCCAUGUUUCAGUAGAAAAUAACGAAACAGGUCAUUAUUAACUGUGCAUAUUUCAACUCUUUUGAGACACUUUGGGUUUGUAGGUGUGAGAAACUCAAGUUUUCUACCAAUGUUUCAGUCUUCGCAUAUCCACCAAAGGCCUGAUUUUGUCGUUAUGUACCGACCGAUGGCCUGACGGCUUUUUCUUCUCCAUAUAACCCAUAAAGUUUAUUGAUUACCCAACGAAAUUGCAUAAUUAAAACGAAGUUUCCAACGUCUGCGCGAAUUAAAAGAAGAUGGGGGUGAUCGCUUUUCUAGUUGGUCCCUUUUUCACCUGCAUCUCCUGUUGUUAAUAGGAACGUAGUGUUAGAUCCUUUCUCCAUUGUUUCCUGCAAACCAAUGAGGUAGCCCUCGUUUUAAAUGGUGUCAAGUUAUUCAAAAAAGGAUGUGGAAUGGAUAUUUCAUUUCGAUGUUGGAAAAUCUUGUAUAUCGUAAUUAUGGUAUACUUGAGUACUUUAUACUUAAUUAGUUUUGGUAUAGUUGUGCCAGUAAUUUAUCUGUUUCUUUCAGGAAUUUCUGCGAUGGUUUUGUUCGUCUCAGUUUGACUCAUUGUUUCCUGGUGCAUCAAUUACCCGUCGUACAACAGCUCUGUGCAAUCUGAUGUUGAUGAAGCAGGUUUUUGGCUUUGAUUCAAACAGUGGUAUGUGCGUUCUCAUCAAUGCCCAUUGGUCUUUUGUUUUUCAUCAGAUAAAGUGAUAUUCUCUGAUGAGAGAAGCUCACACUUGUAAAAGUUUUAUUAAAUUGUCCCCUGCCUUAAAUCAUCUUCUAACACAGUAAGAAAAUGGUCAAUAGGAACCUCUUUAACAGGUUAGGCUGAAAUUUAAUAACAAUAAAAAUUACUUUUCCAGCUGCUAUUCCUGACGUGGACAGGUUUAAUUGCAGUGAAGCCAUAACAACAGAUAACGUGUUUAUUCUUUUGGAUUGUUUGAGUGAUUCAUAUGAUGUUAACAAGACAAUGGCAUAUGACAUUAUGUUGGCUCUACCUUCUGAACAACUUCCAUUCCAGGUAAAGUAACCUCCGUGUUUACACUAAUGUGCAUCCGUCAGAUACAGCUGCCUCGUAUGUGCAACAAUGGCCGUAUUCACACAAGAGACGGAUUAUCGGUUGGAUAAUUCAUGUCAGACAAAUAAUACGUCUUAAUUUGAAAAUGGAGCGGUUUUAAUUUCAAAUGAAAAAUCCGCCUGACCUUAUCCAUCUGUCUAUUCGUCAAUUUUGACAGAUUUUGAAGAUGGAUGGAUAGAUGCGAAGCCGAGAGUUUUUACACCUGAUAAUACACGACUGCGAGUUUUUUGAACGGCUUCAAAAUCUCUGAUAUAGAUCAACUCAUUCUUGCACUAAUAUUUAGAUUUAGGGUUAUUUUGGUCUAAAAAAAUGGACAUGAAGUUAAGCCGUGCCUUUAUCUUCCUUUAUCAGACAUAAAGACACUCAUUAAACAUUUAUUUCUUUUGUUUUUUUCUGUAUGAAUUAUUAAUGAAUUUUUGAAAGAAAUAUUGAGGUGGAAUAAAUUACUAUCUGAGUUCAUGUCAGGUACAAGGAAACCGGAACUUGAAAGAACUUAAAAGACUUGGCCCAAAAAAGAUAAGACGGCGUCUUUGUCCAUUAUAGCCAUCCACGACCAUCGCAUUGGCCGUUUUUAUUCUAAGGACGCAUUAUCCGUCUAGACGAACUUGAGCAAAAAUUGUAGUUUGUCUGGGUUAUUCGUCUCAAGUAUAAAGACGGGUACGAGACGCAUUCUGCUUCCAGACGAACUACCUUUCGUAGUGCGUCGUCCAAGACGUAUUUCGAAGGGAUGUUCGUCCAGACCCCGGGGUACUCCCAUACAUUCCCUAUACAGGUAUGUGCCGCCCAAAGGGGUUGUGAUUUUGAAGCUCCUGAUUUAAAACGGGGUAUCCAUUUCAGAGGCGUUUUCUAGAACGGGGUAUAAUAUUUCGAACGCACGAAAGCUCCACUUUUGCAAGCAGCCAUUUGAAAGUAUUCAAGGACACACUGAGGACAGAUUGCUUUUAAAAAUACGGUUCAAUGCGUUAACAAGCAAACCGUUGUACUCUUUGUUGCACCCUGGAACGGAGUAUAGAAAAUUGGCCCAUUUCUAGAACGGGGUAUCAGUUUUAGGGCGAAUUCUAGAACGGGGUAUAAAAAAUUGGCCCAUUUUUAAAACGGGGUAUCAAUUUUAGGGGAAAUUUUUUCUAGAACGGGGUGCCAAUUUGGAGUCCCAGGCGGCACAUACCCACCCAAAAAAUACCCAAGUGCCCCCCCCCGGGGUCCAGACGCAUAAUGCGUCUUGUGCCCGUCUUUAUACUUUAGACGCAUAACCAGAUGAACUACAAAUGUUUGCCCAAGUUCGUCCAGACGGGUAAUGCGUCCUCUAGUUUUAAAACGGCCAUUGUUGCUUUAGGCUAAAGAUUUUGUUAAUUGGUGUAACUUUUUAUUUUUCCGUACCGCUGAUGAUGAAGUGUCCGUGAAUUUUCAAUGUGCCUCAAUGCGGAUGACACUAGGCUUUUAUGUGCAUAAGAUUCCACUACAAUUUGUUUUAUUUAAAAGCUUCUGUAAUUUUGUAACUUAUGUGGCAUAGGAAGAGGCUAGCUGUCUACAUUGGCUCAACAUGAUUGAGAGAUUAGUUUCAAGCCCUCGAGCAGUUGAUUCGUCAAGUGCUGCCAUGUUUCUUAGAUUGUUUGUGGAGCGAUGCCGCUUGCCAUUGACAUUUCAAAAGCCUAAUGGUGCUAUACCGUCGAAUGACGAUCAGGAAAGUGAACCACUGUGCAAUUCCUUCAAGUUUGAUCAUGUACCUUGUACUCAGUCCUUCAGAGUUUUAAGUCACUUAGUUGAUUUACUCCAGGCGCAUUCCUCAACUGCUUCAAGGAAUUUAUCCUUGAUUGGUAUCCAAGCCCCAAUGCAUGGUGUCCUGUAUUGUCUGCGAUCUAUCAUCAGCCACACUUCUCUCAGGUACAGUCAAAACUAUUAUCGCAUCGCAUCGCAUCGUUUUCGAUCAAUCAUCUUUUAUAAUCGACGAUCAGCACUCCACUAGAGGAGACGUGGAGCAGAGAAAGUCUCGCGUCUCGCAAUUGUAGGCACCUGACAUACUAAUCGUCGUGCUAUACUCCCUAUGUAUUAAAUGGUGGCCUUGUCUAAUGGUUCUAUUUGUAAUGGUAACUGAACUGAGUGGAGUGCAAUUUUGUCUGAAAUCAUAUGCGCGAUUUAAGCGAGUUCGAUUUUUAAAUCACAAGUAUGAUUUCAGACCAAAAUGGCACGACACGAAGUUCAAUUACCACUUUAUUACAACCAUUUUGAAAUUGCAGAAUUCCGUCAGUACCAAUAUUUAUUUGAUCUAGUAGCUGGUUUGUUGAUGAGCAGAAACAAAAAAAGGCUUUUACAUCUCAUUUUGUACACCAAACAGAAAAUGAUGCAACAUGAAAAUGGUGCGAUUUACAACAGAAAUUACGUAAUUUAGAACAUGAAUGACGCGAUAUAGAACAGAUUUGAUUUAGAUAAAAAAAAUAGUGUGAUUCGUGAAUAAAUCACACUCUUGAGAGUCAAUCAGACUGCAGGGAUCAUCAAUGAUUUGAAAAUGGAUAAAAUGAAUACUUAAAUCCCGUCAAUAAUCGUCAUAACCGUAGCAUGCAAUUCUUAUGGUGUGUUUCUUAAUCCUUAGCUCUGUCGCUGAUGAUGAACAUUGGCAGAAUCUAAUGUCGAUUCUUGUGACUGAGUGUCUUUGCACAGCAGACAUUGUUGCUCCGGUGAUAACUAGUGAUUCUCCUGAAGGCUGUAUGGCAGAUGAUAUUCAAGGUAAGUUGAUUGUUCAAGGCCCAAGAAUAUCCGAGUUUUAUUGUGUUGUUUACAACAGACACCUUUAUAAAUUGUAGGAGCAGAAGAAGACAUGCUUGAGAUCCCUGAUACUUUAGAUGAUGUCAUCAAGGCGCCUGCCUCUCAGCUGCUGCUAGUGUGUUGUUGGAGGACUAUGAAAGAGGUGGCGCUGUUGUUAGGAGAGCUAUCUGAGAACGCUCCAUUGCAAGUUGGCAACAGCAAACAUGGUUUGUUAACUGCCAAACAGGUAAUGGUGCUGUACAAAUUCUCCCUUCCCGUUAUAAACACUGUUGAGAAGAUAAGUCCUUUAUUUUAUGGUGAUAUGAUGCACAAUAAAGAAACGUUUUCACCUUAAACUGCAUCCUUAAUCAGUCAGUUGUUGGCGUGGUUAUAAAUUGAUAAGAACACAGCUAUGGCCGAAUGAUGUAAUGUAUCUUGAUCCAUAUUGUCCGGAAAUUGAGGCUUAAAUACCUCAGUGUCAGCAAAUAGUUUAAAUCAUAAAUGUUCACCCAACAAAUUAAAGUUGUCCAGGUUGAACUAAAAGUAUUUGUGACCACUAACGAGAGUAAUAAUUACCUGGAGGUACUAUAACUUUAAAUAAAUAAAAUAAUAGAAGUGGCCACAACUUUCAACUGUUUAAUGAAACAUCAUUUAUGUUUGGAGUGUCAAGAGCGACAUGAAUUUAGAUUGCAUUUACUCAUUUUCCACUGACAAAGUUUGAAACCUUCCCUUUAGGUUAAACAUUUAAUCUACACGUAAACACCUUUAAAAAGUGUAAAUUAGCUCUUAUAAUUCAAACUCGUAGCUGGCUGUUUUUUUCGUUUUCAGUUACAUAACAUCGGUGCAUUCUUCACCAAAGUACUGCUUAAUUCGAAACAUAGAGGUGCUUUCGAGCUAGCAUACACUGGAUUUGCUAAACUUUGUGCUGUUAUGUGGAGGUACGACGCCAAUGGCCCAUUUGUCUUUUUUAGGUUGGGAUGUUUACUCAAAAGCAUUAGUACUCAGGUGGUUCACUUACUGUCUACCAAUACCACUCGACCAUUGCACUUAAUUACUGUCAAAAGUACGAGCAAUAAUUAAGACAAUGCUGCUGCCGAUAGUGAUGAUGUUUAUUACACCUUCGCGAGGUUUUUGCGAUAAACGUAUUUCUAGUAAUAAAAUGAUGGCAAUGGCAAAACUGCCGUUAGGGACGGUGUUGUGUUGAUGGUGAUGCUUAUAAUAAUGCAUGAUAGCGAUGAUGAGGCUGCUCUGGUGAUCGUCAUGGUAAUGACGGCCGGUGAUUAAUAAUAAUUAAUAAUUAGAAAUUUAUAACGCGCCUUUUCCAUGCAAAUAUGAAUGAAUGAAUGCAAAUGUGAUGCUGACGAUGAAGCCACUGGUGGUGAUAUUAAUGAUAUAAGAGACCCUUAAAUUCUAAGGCGAGGACGACUGCAGGGACAAGAUUUUUUCUAUACAGUUUAAACCCCGCUUUACGGGCACCCACUUUAUACUGACAGUUUCCUUUUGUCCCUCGGGAAAGCCCUGAAAUUUUUUCUAAAUUUAACCCGCUUAACCCUCAGUCAUUUUAAGAUCCUGAGUGUUGGUCCGGCCGGGGUUUGAUCCCGCGACCUUCCGCUCAGCAGACCGGCGCUCAUCCAAUUGAGCUAACAGGUCGGCGGCGCUUUUUGAGAGUGUUUCCACAGGAUUUAGUUCGCCAGUCCGCCGAACGACGGCUUUGUGUAGGAUGGAGAUGUUUAAUUUGACGAUGCUUAUGUCCUGUUUUAUUUCUUUAGUAUUUUGGUCUAAUAAAUAGUGUUUUUCUUUUUACUUUAAUAACAUGACCCGCUUUAAACGGACACCCCGUUAAUAUGGACACUUUCUAUGGCCCCCUCAUUGUCUGUAUCGACGGGGUUUGACUGUACUAAGUAGUGCGCGCGCAGGAACCAGCUUAAGUUUGGCGGGGAAACGUACUGUCGCCAUUCUAUUACGGUUUAGAUGUCUUUGUGGCGGGAACAAGUUAUCAACGGUUAGAGAUGAAGCUGAUGAUAAGACUGAUGAUUUGAUGGUUAUGGUAAUGUUGCUGAUGAUGAGACGUAUAAUGAGGAGAUUGCUACAUUUAGCAGUGAUACUGAUGAUCAGGCUACAGCUUUAGGUGUCACUUGAAAUUUUCGAUUAGAAAAUCGUCAUUGCUUGAGUUCUUCUUUUUUCUCUUUCAGAAGUGUAGAUAAAGAUUUCCGUCAGUUACCAGAGAAGUGGCUGCAUUCUCUGUUAGAUGACCUCACAAGUGACAACCCAUCAGAGCAAUUGUGCGGCACAAGAAGGAGCGCCGGUGUUCCUUUCUUCAUUCAGGUUAACUUAAAUCUGUCAAUUUAUUCAGGAAAAAAAAAACACAGCUUUAAGAUGAGUGUUGCCUUGGUUUUGCUGAAACAACUUUCCACUCUGUCUUUUGUACCAUUUACAAUAAAAAAUUAGCUUCGUCUUAUUCUCAGAAACAAUUUUUUUGCGGUUUCCUUCACCACACCAAUAUAAGGCCUCGUUUAGGGUAACCAAAUUGUUGAUUGCAUCCAGGCUCUAUAUUGCUCCUGAAGCCUUAUAAAUUCCCAUGUUUGUACAAAAUAUUUGUGGUUCUAAGUCUACGAUUUUUUGUCCUGCAAAUUGUUCUUGGAAAAUUGACCGCGCAGUUAAUUGAGAGGCAAACAGUGUUCUGAGGACUCAAGCAAAGCGCAACAGUGUUUUAAAAUUUUAAUUGGAGUUGGACCUAUGUAACUGUUGUGUCAUUCUUCCAUAGGCUAUUGUUACAACUGAACCGCCUGCUGCUGGAAGAGCGUGUUUUAAACAAGUCAUGAAAAGUAAGAAACCCCAGUGUGAGCUAUCUACUAACUCCCUGAAUUAAGAAAGAAGAAAAGUUUCAGUUCCAUAGUAGGAAUUCCCUUCAAAAAAAGUGCCCAGACCAAAUGUUAACGAAGAUGAAAUUUUACAUUUUACAAUAUCCACUGGCAAACCAAAGUCUGUCACCGUGAAACCUGUUAUAAAUGAAAUUAGUAAAGAUAUAAGGAAUAAAGGGAAAGCAAAUUAAAUAUAUAUAUAUAUUUUUGGUAAUAGUAAACAUAUUUAGGUUUUAUUAUCAUCAAAGGGAAAAAUAUUUUGUAACCUUUCUUGGGUGUGGAACAGUGUGUCAAAGUGCUGGAUUUUGUGACCGGAGUACCCAAAUUCAAAAUCCGCUCUGACCACUCUCUGACUUUGUUCCUUGGUAGUUCCUAGUUCAGCUCCUUGGCGUGACUUGUAAAUAGCAAAAAUGACUUGCUUCCUACAUAAUACCAGCUGGGAUAUUUAGACCUGUUAUGUUUGGUUUAUUUGCUCAGCCCCAUUAGCCUAUAAAAAGGAGGAUAAAACGGAAGAGGGUACAUGAAGUUCGUUUUUGUUAUUAUCUAUUAGAGCUACUGGAAAUUGCUUCUCAACCUAUCGAGGAAACCAGGAUCCGUGAUUCGACUCUACCUCAGGUAUGAAUUUGUAGAAUAAGGUUAAGCGGGACACAUAAUGGAAGGGUUAGGUUAUUAGGUACAGCACUGGCCUCUAGAGCGAGAGGUCACUGGUUUGAUUUCCGGGACCAGACCAAUCCUCAGGGCCUUACAAUUACUGUGGAGGAAGAAUUUACUUUGCCUUUGCCCAGAAAAGGGAUUGACCUGCACAUGGCAGGUAGGCGGUCCUGCCUCCAUUAGGAGACUUAAAACAGUAUCCUCAAUCAGGCCUCCUGAAAGCCCCCAAACCAGCUAAGAGGAUUAGGUGAGAAAACAAUAAACAAUAGAAACAGUGGACCACCAUCAGCUGCAGCCUGAUCAUUAGCAUCACUGCAGGCAGAUGACUUCUCGUCAUGUGCAGGAAUAGUGAACUUUUCGCCUUCAAUUGAUAGACAUGUUCAUGGGCUGUGAAGUAUAACCACACCUCUUACUUAUCAAGUUUUUUUCGGUAAAUCAGAAGGAGAAAAGUUUUUUUAGUUUCCAUAACUUACGGUCUGACUGAAAAACCCAGGUUUAUAAGGGGUAUAGAUAUUCUUUCAAAUAUCUGUCGAGGUUAUUACUUCGUUUGAAUUGGGCAAAACGAACACAGUUAGACUCUCCACUAAAGUACGAAUCAUUAAAUUAACGAAUCGCGUGUUGUGCGUGUGCGGACUAAGCCAGUUAUAAUAAAACUAUGUUUUGGUCUUGUACAGGUUCAUGCGUGUAACAUUCUUCGUGCCUUGUACCGUGAAACCAAACUUGGUGAAGAUGUCUUUCCUUUUGUUUCUGAUGGAGUAGUUGUGGCUAUUACUGGAUUCCAUUCCAACAGCUGGGCAGUAAGUAGCCAAUUCUUGGGUAAACUAUAUAUUCAGCCAUUCUACAAACUCAUCAGCUACCUCAAUAUCAUUUCUACCAGAAUGAAUCGUUUUAGUCCAAACUCUCUGUUCAGCUCGCUCCCCUGUUAGGUCCUAUAAUAGAGGGUGUCGGCUCCCCCCAGUCGUCUUAACGUAAGUGCGAGAAAGUUGUACUGUUUAAAAAAAGAGCAGGAGUGUAUUAUCAGGUGUAAAAACUCGAGGCGAAGCCGAGGGUUCUUUUACAAGGUAAUACUCGACUGCGAGUUUUUUGGAACGGCUUCAAAAUCUCUGAUAUAGAUCAACUCAUUCUUGCACUAAGAUUUAGAUUUGGGGCUAUUUUGAUCUCAAAAAUUGGACGUAAAGUUUAGCUGUGUCUUUAUCAGAUAAAAAGACAAUCAUUAAACAUUAACUUCUGCUGUGUUUUCUCUAUGAAUUAUUAAUAAGUUUUUGUGAUGAUUUUUAAUGAUCUUAUGUUAGAUCAGCCUCAGAUUCUCUGGCAAAAAUUGUACCUUUAUGGGACAGAGCUUUCCCUUAUUAUUACAUCUGAAGCCAGCUUUCCAGCUAAUAUCUAAAUUUAUUUAUAAUGAAAAUAACAUCGUAAAUGAUUGUUGUUUGUGGCUGUACAUCAGAUGCGCAACUCGUCUACGCUGCUGUUCAGUGCAUUGGUAACAAGAGUCUUUGGAGUCAAGCGAACAAAGGACGAACAUUCCAAGAGCAACUGGUAACAACUUCCAUAAGCUUUUGUUACUGCCGAACAGUACUGCACUGAUCUGCGGCGAUCUUCCGAAUACUCACGUGUUAUGGUAACAUGUAGGCUUAAAACAAUCAUUCGUUCGUCUUGCUUUACUGACAGUGGAAAAUUGGCUAUCAUUGUUUUCAUUUCCCAUGACAGAAGAAUAUGCUCUCAAAAUAACAAAUUGAAAAUGCUGAAACCAUGUCUCUGUGAGUUAUUUUAAGGAAAUUAUUGCAUCUAUAACCUUUCCGAAUACAACACAGUCGGUUUUUUUGUGUUUUCGCCCAACUCAUUUUCCUUGAUAAUUUUUUUCGCAGCAUGACAGGAAGAGAAUUCUUCUCCAGAUUUCCGGAACUUCACUCAUUCCUCUUAAGUCAACUGCAGGCUGCAUGUCAAGAAAUUGACAGGUUAAUCUGAUUUUUUGGAAUGUUCACCAUUUCUUUCGUGUAUUUCCUCAGGUUAAUCGUUAAAUCCCUAAUAGAUGUGCUUCUCUGGCAACUGUAACCAAGUACCUUCCUUGGACUUCGAUUUACAUCUUUAAACUCUGCUACUGCAGGCCAUUAACAUUUAUUUUUUUCUUUACUGGCAAUGAUCUACCAUCACACACUGCUCUGGAGUUGUAUUCCCUGUUUUUUUUGUUUGUUUUUUUUUUUAACUUUCUUACUCCAGUGCCGCUAGUUUUACACGCCUUUAGAGGGAAUUUCUAAGAUUAUUUGUAUUUUGCUGAUGAUUAUUCAUAUCUUUACAGAGAGAAUACCACCCCUGACCCAAGUCUGUACCCUGUGUUAGUAAUACUUUGCCGUCUCUACCCUUCAACAAUGGACGGAGUUGACUCAGCACUCAAUAUUGCAGCGUUUGUGCCAUUUGUUAUCAGGUAACUUUUUUAUCAUUUGUUGUGUACAUUUAGUUAUUAGUACUUUUGGAAAACUAUAUCAAAUUUUUGUGGGUGUCCCUUGCGCAGUUCACUUCGCAUUGUUUAAAUAUCCUGCUCAAAUACUCUUUUUUGUCAGACGAACUGUGUUUUAUAGUCCAUGGCAAAAAAAGAGCAAAUCCUGUUUUACAGCUGUUCCUUUUUUCUUUGUUUAAUUUUCAGCUGUAGAAAAAGCAUGGUGAUGAAGACUCGAAUGAUGUCUGCACGUGCUGUUGUUCCUCUUGUGACGGGUGAUUCUCUUAUUCAAACUCUUCAGAAGUUACUGCAGUCUCUUCCCGUCAGGUGAAUCAAAUGAGCAUGCUAUGGUGUAGCAAGCAUGUGUUAUAUGCACGUCUGAAUGUGCAAACUUUGAGAGUCUCCUUCUAUAUUCAUUUAAUUUGAAUGGGACAGACAGCAGAUUGUUCAGGUUUCUGGAAAUAUCUUUAAGUUGUACCUGUUUAUCAGUAUUAUGCUAAACUGUCUUUAUUUCCAGAAUUUGUUUCGGCUGUAUUACACAUGUAAAUCCUAUAGCAAUUGGAGAACCUUCUAGGACACAUAUUCCAUUCAUUUAACCGUAAAUGGUUUAUGAGCUGCCAUCUGCAAUUUGAUAUCCCCAUCUAGUCUAGACUCCCGCGAGUGAACCUGCUAACAGGCUAUAAAAAGACCAGCAGUGAUGUAGACUAAACGUAGCCCCCGUGGUUCGUUAGGCCUUUUUUUAUCACGUGACACCUAGAAGAGUAGAUUUUGAGAAAUUUCUGCCGGUAUGUAGGAUGUCACUGAUUUUGGUUUUCUCAAACUUGCAGCUCAUCAAAUGAAGUUAGACAAAAUGAGAUCCACGGGACUUUACUUCAUGUAAGUAUACACGAUUACAGCAAUUUCAAUAAAAUGGAGGUAGAAAUCUUUUCUCGAGAGGGUUUAUUUCUUGUUAUUAUGGUGAGUACUGUUAGGAUAAUGGAAUGGUUACUUCCGUUGAUGAGAGAUUUAUUAUCUAGUAGAAGUGAAUCUAUGAAAGACAUAUGAUAACUGGCAUGACAUUAUGUGCCGUAACUUUCUAAGUAAUAGGGAAAAUGAUUUACUUUUUGGAUCUCCAAAUGAUUGAUAAGAAAUGCGAUCUUUUUUAUUUAUUUGGGAGGCUAAGGAGAUUUGUAAUUAUUGUUAUAGAUUUAUCAUUUGCUGAAUGGCCAUGUGCGUGACACAACUAUGUCAAGUGCUGUCAUCAAACAGAUUGUAACCGAGGUGAUUCCACUGCUCAGCCAAUCAGCGUGGAUUGGCACAAGGUAUGAUUCUUAUUUAUACAUCAUUCGAGGAAAACAUUUGGAUUUGAUGGAUGAAGUUUUAUUGUAUCAGAAGUCGCUAGAACUAAAUUUGUGCACUCACGCACAAUUCCCGUGCCGUUCUCAGUACAAGUUUAGUUGUACCUCUUGUUACAAAGGCCAUGUUUAAGCUCUAAAGCCAAUACUCAUUUUGACACUGAAAAUAAUCGUUUAGAGAUGUUCAUUUUAUGUUUUAGUGGAGUCGCUGAUAGCAAUGUAGCACACCACGGUUUUCCAUACACGUUACCUCCAAUCCCCCUCCCCCUGUUUUUUGAUCGGUCCUGCCUUUCUGACAUGAGUCGGCCGUCAUCUGAUUGCAGCUAAAGUUUCUGAAAAGUUAACAUGGAAAACGUCUGAGUGCGCACCUCCUCAGUUAUAAUGCCAAAUAUAGAGCUUGUCUGCAGGAUACGGAAAAUUAUGCAUUUUGAAACAAAAGAGCACCCGGAUGAAAACAAUCGAGUAAGAGAUAAACUCAUAUUUGAUGUGGACGGUCAGCAGCUACAGACCAUAUUUGUUUUCUUCAGAAAUGAACUGGACGUAGUAUGCAGUCGAAGUUGAUGUGGGGAAAAGGUUUAAUUGUAAAUAUUGUCAAUGAUAGUCCCUCGCGCCCCAUUAAACGCAACUGAAAAUCAUGUAAAGAUUAGAAUGUUUGUUCUAUGUUACUAAUUAGGUCCAAUCCGUGUGCGCUCUCUCGAUCAGUAUUCCUAAACAUUGUCCUAAAUUUUGUUGUGGAUCAGUCUUGGCUCGGACAUACAGGUAUUUCCAUAUAUUUCCUAUGUUAAAUUUUAAUUGUAUCUUGUCCUAUCAUACAGUUUAAAUUCUUGUUUGAAUACGAGAGAUCCAAUAGAUAGUAGGAGAAAGGUCGCAAUUACAAAAAUUAAUUGAUACCAGUGUUCAUUAACUACCCCUUCGUAUUAUCUUGCUUCUCUCCCUUACAUAUCUAUUGUGCCAGGCAGGAUAAAGGUCAUUGCAAUCAACUGUUUUUUCAGAUGCAAACCAACGUUCUCAAAAACUUUGUUUCUCAGUGUUGGAAUUAUGGUUUUCCGGCGUCAGUCUUGUCCAGUCGUUUGGCUAAAGCCUACAAAUAUGCAAAACGUUUCUAUAAGAAGGGAUUUGUGUAUCAAAAUAUCCGAUGUUCCAUUUUAUUAAGUCAAUUAACGUGCUGUUCUCAAAGAACUAAACGUAAAUGGAGACUUGUUGGUUUUGUUGUAAAAAUUCAUAUAUCGCAACAUUUUUACCUCACUUUUCGGACAUUUUCAUUCUUACCUCAGUGUUCUCUAAAUUACGAAGAUCAUGUUGUUUGAAAUGUGAGUCAUGUUUUCUGUGUUUGUGUUUUUUUUUUUUCAGAUAAUUCAGAGUUGAUUGUGUUAGCAGAACGCAAUUUGCAGUCUCUUAAACAAAGCUUUGAAAGAAUGGCAAUUGAAGAAACCACAAACGGACAGUAUUGCCCUGCUCUCAUUGGAGAGGUAUUUGCGAGGAAGGCAUUAGCUGAAAUAUGUCUAAAAGUGUGUGAAGAAUUUCCACCAGUAGAUGCCACGUGCUUGACACCUCCAGACGAAGCAGAAAAAACUACCAGUUGCUCUGACGUCAUAUUAACUCUAUUGCGGUCUUCAGAAUAUGAAGUUCGAAUGGCUGUUCUCGAAUUUAUCAUCAUUCACUUUGCCUCUGAUACGAACAUUGGUCGUGACUAUGAAGUUGAUCUUCGGCAGAGUACAGAAUACAGCAGAACUGAUUCUUGGGUAUUCGACAAACUGGACUCACGCGUAAAGAGCGAGCUAUUUACAAUGGCAAUGGAAGUGGAGCACCAUACAGAGUGCUUAGUCAAGGUAACUCAUAGUUUUCUAUGUUAACUGUUAACAACAAGGAAACAAAACCCCACACAAUAUGUGGAACAAGUGAAUCGUGAAUAUUAAAGCUCAAUUCUUGUUAACCGUUUAAAACGUUUGAGGUAUUAAAUGAUUUGACAAAGGUUCGUUCCACUUAAAGCUCUAAAGGCGUAGGGACAGCAAAGAAGAAAUUAAGGCGAGUAGUGACCGACAAUCCAACACAAUUAUACUUUCGAUUGUAGUUGUUCUUUUUUUUCUGUUGGUAAAGACGUGGUUUCCAGUGUUUUGCGCGUCGGAUUUCGCCUUGUCUGACUUUCCAGGUUUGAGCUGUGGUGUUGUUAUCGCCGCCUGUUUCCUUAGACAAGAGAAGCUUUGCUCCACAUUGUCCCUUUGCAUCCAGGUGUAUAAAUAAGUACCAGCAACAUACUGCUGGGGGUAACCCUGCGAUGGACUAGCAUUCCAUCCGGGGAGCUGGCGACGGGGAGGGAGAGAGCAGUACUCCCAGGUGCUAUGAUUUCUCAUUGGCUCAUCGUGCAGAUUUUACGGUCUCUUAGCAGUGACAGCAGAGAGUAUAAGAUACCAGGACGGCGACGACAGCGAAAACGUCACUUAAAAAUGAAUUUACGUUCUCUCAAUCUUCAUCGCGAUUAACCCAACUCUCUUUGUCAAAUGUAAGCAAACUCACCUGGAGAUAAAUCCCUAAAAGCCAUAUCCAAGUUCAGAAAGAGAUAGAAAAUGUUGUCUUCGGUUGUUUACGUCCUCCAUAAAACGUAUAAUUAGGCAUUUUCAUGUCCUAGUCGCUGCUGUCAAUGCUUUUACGUUAAAUAAAUUCAAAAGCACCUUGGAACACUGGGAAGCUUCCUUUACAUCAGUAGUCAAUAAUACAUUCCUUAAGAACUGAUUUUGUGGACCCGUACUUUGACUUGCAAACAGCGGUUUGUCUCAGUUUUUAAGCGCUGCUAUUACUAAGCGUAACUGAUGUGUAGGUUUUAUUCAAAGGGCAUCCUCGGAGACCCAAGGGCAGUUAGUCGGGUCGAUAAAAUGUUCGUGGUGAAAGUUUAUUGUAAGAUCGAGACGAGCUCGUCUCGAUCCACGAGGUAGCUUACGUUCACGUUAGGUGCAUAUUUGUAACGAAAUCCCACCGCACCCGGGUCGCACUGGCGUUCAGUCCAGGGCUUUUGAUGCCGAUGAUAAUGAAGCUGCAGUAGUCUAAGACGAUUUCUGUUUAGUUGUCUUCUCCCCAUCCCCUAUUAUACAAAUUGUUUAACUAAUUUAUAUUUUGAAUAUAUUUUUUGUCUUGUAUUUUUUCUACUGUCCCUUCCCUGCAGGUUUUUCAAGCCUUAUACCUACUUUCAGAUGCUUUAUCCUUCCCUUGGAUACUUUCAUCGGGAAAUCAAAUUUCCGCAUUCCAAGUGUGUACAUUUAUACUUUUAUUAUGCAUUCAAAAUAUUUUUCCUGUUCUUAUUGGCUUAAUUCCCCCGGCCAUUUCGUCAUGAGCAGCUACCGUUGACCAAAUUUGGAACAUGUUUGCCGAUAUUCUUAAAGAUGAGUCACUUUAAGGUUCAUUGUCACUUUAUUUCCUUCCAAUAUUAAUAUGAUAUGUGUAAAAUAUAUACCAGGAGUUUAGUUUCGGAAUUUUAUGGUUCAGUCAAUUCCAAGAAUGCCUAGACCCCCGGGCAUUUGUCAUUUUGUUUUGGAAAAGCAGCAAAUGCCCCACGGUGGGGGCCGGGCGGUUCGUACAAAACCCCAAUGUGGAGCUUAAAUCAAGGCCGCAAAUGCCCUACCCCGGGGCAACACCAAAACUGCAUUUUCCAGUCAUCAAGCUACAAAUGCCAUUUCAUAGGAAAUCUGUGAAAUAAUCUGAUCAAAACCCGUCUGAAGCACCUUACACAAAUCGCUUCUAGUCGCUAGUUAUAAUUAUGAGUAUUUAUUCAUCACGAUGGAACCUUUCCGUCAACGUAUUAAUUGUCACAUUGAUCGUACGAUAUACGAAGUUUAUAUUAGCUUUCAAAUAUCUCUUAGUUUUUUUCUAGUCCUUUCUGUCUCAACCAUUGGCUAACAAGAAAGUUUCUUUUCCCUUAAACUCCUCAAACGAUGCACUGAUCUUUUGCUCCAUGUGCGAACUGAUCACGAUGGCGGGAAGCAAUUUCUUAGAUGGAUGCAAAAAAUACUGUGGAGAAGGGUGGCAAUGGAGCGAAAACCACACGAAUAUUUUUAAAGCAUACGGAUUAAAAAUAAUCUUUACAGAAAAUCUGUAGUUAUCAAAACAGGCAUAUUUUGAAGUGAAAUAUCUAAAAGGAAGGAUGUUAACUCCUUGUAUAAUAAUUGGCAAAUGCCCCACACCGGACAAGACGACAAAUGCCAAAAGGGGGGUGGGCACGCGUGGAAUUGACUGAACCAAUACGAUGUUGCACUUUAAGACUAUUCGAUUGAUAUUAUGUUGAUCUGAGACACACAACUCCUUUACCAGGGGUACAACAAAGUAUCAUACAAACCCACUUCACUUGAUUGUCUAUACUUAGUUCUACAGUUCAGCCGUCAAACCUUAACACAAACAAUAUUUUCUCGUUCUAUAGUGCUGGACGUUUGUAGCAGACCUUGUCUCUGCCCCUAGUCAAAGGUAAGAAAAUUCCAAGAGAAACUUGUUCUAGUAGAAGCUUCAGUCGGCAACAAAAUUGUUAAGACACUGUCGUCAAUUUGUUAUAUUAGGAAAACAAAACAAUCGAAGCCUCUCCACCCUGCAGGUAGCUAGAGCAGUGGCGCAACCUUAUUUAGAAGGAAUAAGGGUAAGGAAAGCUUGCUUUUUCCUUCGUGAACUAGAUGAUGUGGACGCGAAACGACGUUCAGGACAAAGUGUUACAACUAAUUUUGUUGCCAAUUGUUUGUAAAAUUCGUAGGUACAAAUUUAUGUACACUCCUGUUUCCCCGCACCUUAACCAAGUGUACAAAAUGAAUUUUUGUUGGUGUCGCGAAAUCCAUCACCCUUAGAGUUGGUACUGUUGAUUUUGUUAGUAUGCUAUUGAAAAGGAUUGUUCUGAAUUGCUUAUAAUCUUUAUCUCUCAUGCAGAGAUUCCCUCAAGGCUGCAUCGCUGAGCUUUCUGUCACGUGUAGCUUUUGUAAUGUACGGCAUCAUCAACAGCAAUGGUCAGGUAAAGUCUGCUGUAAACUUGCUCGAACCAGCUCUAGGUUAAUCUCUGCCAUGCAUCUACAUUAUAUAAUACGGGAUUUUAGUUCUCGAGUUGGAAAGGUUUUGAUAGCCAACCACAAAAUUGAUCAUUUCUAAUCUAUACCAAUACUAACUUAAAGCGGUGCCGCGAACUUGAAUAGUGAAGAAAAAGCUGGAGCAAUAUUGUCGGUAAAAAAAUUUAAUCAUAGUACUAUAUGCUUGAUAUUCCACAGGUACUGUUUAAAAAACGAGCAGGAGUGUAUUGCAUAGUGUAUUGUGUAUUGUAUGCACGACUGUUAGUUUUUUGAACGGCUUCAAAAUCUCUGAUAUAAAUCAACUCAUCCUUCCACUAAUAUUUAGAUUUUAGGUUAUUUUGGUCUAAGCAAUUCGACGUUAAGUUAAGCCGUGUCUUUAUCAAAUAUAAAGACACUCAUUAAACAUUAACUUUUUUAUUUUUUCUUCAUGAAUUAUCAAUCAGUUUUUGAAAAUUAUUUCUUUGUCAUAUAGCCGUAACUAUUACUGUCAGUUGUUUUGGCAGAGGCCCCGGGGAGACGUAGUGCUGUAGUUUGUCGCACUGGCCAAACGGUAAAGCUGCCAGCUGUAUCUUAAACUGUACUUACGUAUUGUUGAACCACCAUUUACAAUCUCCCAAAAGAAAGCAGGGUAUUCUGACGUAGUGAAGCAGCAUUCACCACCUCUGAAUAUAAUCGCGGCAGCCUUUUAGUCUUAAACUUGAGGUGACGCUCAUUGCAACUUUUGCUGACAAAGUAAUGCCCCAAGCAGCCCUUUUAAAGCUCUGAAUCUUUCCUCUCUCUCUCAUUGAAUAAACUGUCAGGCACAGAAACUCAGCUAAUCAGAGCAGAGCGUGAUUUCUAGCAAUGUUGAUUGGCUCCUUGUAUGUAUAUAUUUUCAGGACACUGCCACUGCUACACAAGCCACGGAAGCGCUAUCGGAUUUCUCUCGAAUAACCCUUGAAACCAGUUCACCAAGUGAAAGUGAGGAGCUAAGGCUUUGUACUGCACAAGUCUUGGGUUCUGCUCAUGUUACUGAUCUGAUGGUUGAUAGACAAGGAACAUUAGGUACGUACCAAAUUUUCUUACACAGACCCUACCGCCUUACGUUAACUCGGUUCCCGUAGCGGUCCUCUGUGGUAUCCAGGCUUUUGAUAUCUCAGUUCCUUUCUCUCUAUUAAUAUGUAGUUUGGGUGACCUUGGAGGUGACAAUUGUUCUUUACUGUACCAGACCAAAGUACCAGUGUUGGUCUCGAUCAAUAAGCUUAAACUCGUCCCUGAUAAGUGAAUAGUGCCUGUUCUUUUUUUAGUGUUCAAAAACGGCUGAGGUCUUAUUUCGUUUACGGGGACAAACGACUCUCACGAAAUCAGUCAUCAGCCAGGAGGACAUAGCAUAUUCUGUACAUUACAUUUAUUCUAUCCUAAGAUUCUGUAUUACACUUUUGGGCGUAGAAUUCAAACGACAAUGAUAAUAUUCAAUUAGUUAAGAAAACAACCUGGCAAUUACAUCCCACGGAGUUUACCAAUAUGAGAGUCCCUUGCUUAAUUUUUUUCUAAUUGCAAGUCAAAAGAAAAUAAAUCGAGCUCCAAAGUGACCUUAACAAACUCACUCACGAGUAGGUAAAUAACAUUUGAGCAACCGUUAAGACCAUGACGUCGGCAUUAUUAUUGCAAGCAUCUAAGAAAUGACUUGCGAGGCAAAUGGUUCAAUAAGCAGAGUAGUAUAAUCGGGAUGAAUUUUACCUUUUAUGGGUAGAAUAUUUGGUCAAUUUUCGCAGCAAAAUGACGUCAUGAAUUAGCACCUCAUAAGGCAUGGGCAAUGUUACCUACUUUUAUAUUGUGGCCAGUAUAACCGCUUUAACUGGUUUUUAGAUAAUUUUACAUUGAUACUGUGAGUUGUGUGGGUGAUUUACUAUUUUAGUUGGUGGAAUCAUUUGACGAAGCCCAUCAAUUAUGGACAAUGAGAUUCCCACUCAAAAAAGGGUUAAUUUCAUCCCAUUCAUACUACUGUCUCUUAAAACCUGCGAAUCAGCGGAGUCUAGCUAUCACGGCAUAUACCAAACUAGUGUUAUUGUAGUGUAUUGUAUUGUAGUAAGAUGAGGUAUUCCUCCUGUGUUUUGUUUCAGGUGAUGUUCCUUUUGUUCUAUGGUCUGUAGUGGUUAAGCUCCUUUACGAUGAUGAACCUGUGGUGAGAGAGCGAAUGGCGCUUGGAUUCGCGUCAUUGUUAAACCGCAUUCAGUCGUCGUGGCUUGGUAAGCAUACUUAUUCAUGAUUUAUCGACCGUUAAUUACCUUGUUUGGUCAUAAUUGGCGGGAUGCUUUUCAGUCGGACUUUUGCCAGACAUUUCAGUUUUCUCCGAUAAUUCAAAAGAGUCAUGUUCACUUUCAUCUCAUUACCAUAGCUGCGGAUGAGUUGUAUUAAAAUUCUUUCACGUGUGUUAUACUGCGCUUGCAGAUCUAUCCUUGGUAUGUUACCACGCGAAGGCGGCCCUGUUGCUAAAAAAACAAACCAUUUUUCACGGAAAAGAGUUUAGUUCCCGGCUUAGGGAAACACUCUUGUUCUUCCCACCAGCCUGGCCGCCGUGACAUCAGGCCUGUAAAAGCUGGUAAUUGCCCGAGCGGGUAAUUAAACUCCUUUGGACAUUCAGAAAGUCUUGGCUUAGGUUCUGCCGUUAAUGGCUAGUCUAUCACUUGGGCUGUUAUUCGGAAUGUGAGGCAACGCUCUUCUCCGAAGUUAUGUGAUCUCGAUAAAGAACGAGACGAGACGACACAAAUUAUGGCUUGUUGGGAGACUAGUUUAUGUGACUAGGAAUACCACGUAUCUGUAUUUGUCUUUCAUUUGCUUUUGUAGUUGUUGGUUUAUCUUUGGAAGGCUGUGCUAUGGUGGCCCCCCUGUCAUUAGAAUCUGCCUUGCUUUGUGUUUGGAGCAUCUUUAUUGACCGAUCACCAUUGGCUUGCGUGUCAUGGAUGCUGGAGUGGAUCCGGGGGGACCUCAGCCGCCAGACGUAUGACCAGACAGAUGAACAUUCAGAUGUGGAUCGAUUGUUCGAGAAAGGCCCUCUAAACCUCUACGCGGAAGAUUGUAUUGUAACACGUGCAGCUUGCAAGACUGUAAAACAAGGGAUUGAGAUGAAUAACGUAUUAGCUGUUCUCACCAACAAAGAACACAAGACAGGAUUAAUUGAAUUACUCGCAAAGGAAUUAGAAAGAUGCAUUUGUUUCCUCGAGAGUGUUUUAUUGACGAAGUUGAUUUCGAAUAGGAAUUGUUUUAGUCUUUUUUACAGGGCUAUGGCUGGACUUACUGUUACAGUAAUGCUAACUCAAAAGGUUAAUGGAGACAUGUCUUCCUUCGAAAGCCGCAUCAGUGCUAUUAUACGCACCCUAAAAAUGCCUUCUGAUACUGGCGGACUUUCUCGUCAUUCAAUGAUAAUUGAGUGCAUGAAAGAAUUGGAUGCAUUGAUGUUCUUGUAA